GAGGACGGACGGACGCAGACGGAGAGGCGGAGACUGCUCCCGUUACUCCCGGUACAGACCGACAACAGCACGGAGACAGCACUCCACACCUCUGCGCCUUUUCCUUGUUUUCACCCAGAUUUUCGCGAGAAGAGACCGCCAAGGACUCCGACAGAGAGGAGGACGGAGGACAGACAGCCGGCUGAACUGGACGGAGAGGCGGCCUCUCUCUGCUGCUGCUGCUGUAGCCGCAAACACCGCGCUCUGCUGCGGACACUCAGCGCUCACACACCCGCUCCAACAGCUGGAUGUUUCCUGUGAUCAUGGAGGGUCUGAGGGAGGACUGACCGAGCUGAACACCUCGAUCUGUUGGAGAAGUACCGAGUGAGAGAGGAGCCGAGCAGAGGCACAGAGACACAGCAGCAAGAUGUCUGUCCCUGUGAGUAUAAGAGAGCCUGAGAGAGGGCUGCAGCGCUUCAGUAUGCUUCAACCUGUCAUUUAUCUGCUCACACACACACACACACACACACACACACACACACACACACACACACACACACACACACACACACACACACACAGAGCAGUGUGUGUGAGCAGGAUUGAACACGUUACACACUCUGACAGCUCCUCUUCGAUCCUGCACACACCCAGUUACACACCCAGAGGCUCCGUCUUUACCUCCCUGCUUCUGCUCGCCUGGUUGUCUGAAGAAAAAGGGGGAAAAUAUUGAUAUUACAGCCUGUUUGUGUGUUUUCAUAUGUUCUAUAAUGAGCUGAUAGGCUUAGGUGUGACACUGAGGGCAUGAAUCUGCAGUUCAGUGAGUUCUCUGUGGUUCACUCUUUCUAUACUGACAGAGUUAUUCCUGGCAGGCCUGUCAGCACAUCAGACAGCUGAUCUGUGUGUGUGUGUGUGUGUGUGUGUGUGUGUGUGUGUGUGUGUGUGUGUGUGUGUGUGUGUGUGUGUGUGUGUGUGUGUGCUGCCCCUGCACACUCACAUGUUCCUGGUAAAAUGUUCUUGAUGCAGCUUGUUGUGUGUUUUUUUCACAUUCCUCAGGAUCCGUCUCACAAACUGUGCCUGCAGGCGCUGAUCAGGACCUGAGUGUGUGUGUGUGUGUGUGUGUUUGUGUGUGUGUGCCCUUUACACACAUGCCCUCCUGAAAAUUUCCAGAACAUUUCAGGACAGGCUUCUUCUUUUGCCUGUCAGACUCAUAAAAGCGGAUGCAGCAGCUUUUUGUUGGUGCACAAAGAUCCCUCUGUUGGCAAAGUUCAAACAUCGUCACCCCUACAUUUCCUGACAUUUUUCAAGCUCACCCUGACAUUCUUGUACAUAUUUCACUGAUAAAGGAUAAGCCAGAAACAGAGUUUUGUGCAUAAGUGAAAAUAUUAAUUGUUAACUCAUCUGCACAAUCUUAAAAUAAUUGCAUUAUCCUCCUGAAGUUAUCACCAUCAGGAGGAAGUUUUCCAUGAUGUGCCGAUUGAAAACCUCUCUGUGACAGAUCAUGCAGAGUAGAAAACAGUGCUCAAGGUGUUUCAGAGACAGUGCUGCUUUGUGUUUUGUCCAGCAGAGGGAGCUUUUACUUGUUACUGUGCAAAGAAAAAGCUGACCUGCAUUUUCCCGUUGAAAUAAUCAGCAGCUCAGAAAAAUUUAAAGAUACACAACGUAAUGUGUCUUUAUCAGUACAUCAGAAGGUAAACUGGUCAAUCUGGCUUUUCAAAAAUAAAAAAACCCCAUCAUUUCCAGUGACACAGAUUCAGGGUUUACAUCUAGCCAAAAAACAGUAAAACUCAUUUUUUAGAGGCCCUUAUCCUCUUCUGUCAUUUUUGAGCCAAGUUCAGUAUAUUUUGGGGAAAAUUGCAAUAGUUGAAUAAAAAGUUAAACUGAAUUGUAUACCAUAAUGUAUUGACAAAGAUGGACAGGUUGAUAGAUCAGAGGAACUGGCUAUAGAGGAUGUUUCGAGCAAUGUUGGGCUAAAUCAGAUAAAGUGCUUUUAAGUGCAGGUCGUCUUCAGUUUUUAGGAUCUCUGAUAUUUCAGCUGACUGUUAAAAGUCCAAAUGUUGCUCCUGUUUUUGAUACUGCAGACCUCUGUCUGAUUGAUUUGGUUGUUUCUGUUUCCUCUUCUUGUCGCUGAAAAUACUCAAAGACAUGUUUGUCUGUUUGUUUCGGAUUUUUAAGUAUAGCCUUAUACUGGGGCUGCAUGCUGUUGAAGAAAAUUACAUUACUAUUACAUAUCUGUCUCCAAAAUGUAAUGUGAUAUGAAAAAAGUGCACAGUUUCAAGGCAGAUAGAUCCAGGAUAUUCUAAGCACUUGUAAACAGUUUAACAUUUGACUGCUUCUUUCUGCUCUCACUUCAUCUCCUGCUUCCCUCUGUCUACUCUCCCUACAGAGAUUUAACACUGUGCUAGAAUUUCUCUUACUUACUGACAUGUUUUCUGGGAGUCGGUGAUGUAGCAGCACAGCGACUGGUGUGCAUGUUCACAUUUGACAGUCCUCUGACUCUGUCUGCACAGUGUCAGCUUCUUUGUGUGUGUGUGUUUCAAUGAAGGGCUGAUUUAAGGACUUCAGAUAGAUAUUUACCUGAGAUGAUAGAGAGCUGGGACGGCCUGACAGGCUGCAGGUUUGAAUGACAUUGAACCAUUGGACUGCUGUGCAUGCACACAUUGCAGUUGCGCAGCUGAAACAAUGUGGUUUAGCUCGAAAUAAUUCCUGAUUAUUUUCAUAAUAAAAAACUUCACUUUAGAUUAAAAUAUGCUCAGGGCUGUCUGAACCUCUUUCCUGCAAAAGUAACCUUGUGAUUACCAAUUAUGUUUGUUUUUCACACUCACUUUCCAAUCAAAAUACCGUAGUUGAAUUGAUGUUUUUAAAUUCCCACGUAGAUCUUAUCACUCUCAUGUUGAUGUGUUUUAUAAUUUCCAGUAAAAAAGUAACUCAUUAGUGUAAAGAGCACCUUUGGUCUGGUCUCAGUGUCCCUGAUGUCCUGUCUGCUCUAUAUAACCCAGCCUGCUCCUCAUGCUUUGGUUCAUCACCAAAGUUGCAGUUUCUCCUCUGGGACGUCACAGAUGUCUGAACAUGUUUGCUCUCAUCUCUGCAGCAGGGGCCUUUCAUUUGAUUUUACUGGCAGUACUUUUUAAUUUAAAAAAAAAAGGAAAUAUGCUUCUCUAAAUCAGUGCCAGGUCGUAAAGCUGCAGAGAAAUUAAGACAUCACCUUUAACCUGCUAAAGCUGGCAUGUAGAAACACUCUGUCAAGUUUGAAAGUACACAAAGUACCAGAUAUUCAGCCGGAAGCUUCUUGAACUAUUUCUGUGACAACAGCACACAGCAGAGUCCUCACGACUGAUCCAGACUAUGUUUUAGUUUCUGAUAAAACCACAGAGACUCUGUUUUAUGCAGAAAAAACCUAAACACCCUGACCCCCAAUUUCCACCGCAUCCAGAACAGGUACGAAAAGGCCAUAUCCACCAAUCGCAGCUGAUCAUAACCAUUCAAGUUAAUGUGUCAAGUUCCACCGGCUUUUUUCCAUUCUGCUGCAGAUCUCCGGACUCUGCAGCUGAUCGCACAAGUUCUAUUUUUUCCGGAUGCCAGAGCAUGCCAGAUAAAUUCAGCACAGAUUAACCCGUACUAAAAAGGAAGUCGGGCACAGACACAAAAUAAAACAUCUGGCUUCUUUUAAAAAUAAAACACUCUGUGUUUCAGGCAGAUCGUAUUUCACACCAUGCAAACCGUCAGGAUUUCAUCCCGAUGACACCAUGGAUGAGGAGAUGCUGAUUUUAGAAGUUAAGAAGUGUAUUGCCUCCUCUGGAAGGACACAAUCUACUGCUUUUAUGGUUAGCUUAUGUGGCUAGAGACAACUUGUUAUCGUGCGAUUGCACGUGAAUCUUCUUGUGAGCUCUUGCGAUACCUGCUGUCCAUAAUCUGCCAUGAAAUUCGCCUCACAAACAGAUCCGGUAGGAAUUGGCGGAUGGCGAAAAUCGCUGCCGUUCUGAAUCAGGGCCGUUCCGAAUGUGGUAAAAAUUGGGGUUUACAAUCUUUAAAUCCACUGGCUGUUGUUUUAGGAUGACAGUAAACUUCUCCAUACUCCCAUCAUAAGCUCUGACUGCAGCCUCAAGAACACGAAUGAAGUUGUGAAUGAAGUUGAAACUGAACAUAUCCAGUUUUGUUUUGGGGGUUGGGUUAGAGUUUGUUUAAAAAUAAGAUGCAAAAAAUCCAUAAUUCGGCCUCAGUGGAGGAUCUGCAGCCUCUCAGUUUCCUACCUCAUUUUCCAUAUAGUGAUUGAAAGAGGUGGGGCUGCUAUGGUAAUGAAGCAGUUUAGUGAUUGGCUGCCUGAAGGUUGUCUGUAUGAGGAGGAUGCAGAAUGAUGCAGACACACACAGAGGUGGAAAAACAUCAACACAAACACAGAGGGAGCUUCAGAAGGUCCUGCACCAGUAACAAGCCAAAUGUUUAUCUGUGCUGCAUCUACAAAUGCUGGAAAACCAAAUGGACUUCCUUGUAGGAAAAGUGCUGAAACAUUUCUCAUAGAUGUCAGAGAUCCUCACACACACUGUUAUCCUGCUAUCCACUUACCCCACAACCGCUGCACAACCAGUGGCGACCAGUGCACUUCGGAUACCAAACUCUGGUCCCACAGAUCAUGUGAUAUUUAGAGGGAAAUACACUUUUAAACACUUUCAUGAUAAAGUUGUUUUUAAAUUUGAUUGGCUGUGCAGUUUGACCAAUCAGAGGAGUGGUACCAGGAUGAUUGUGCCCACUCUUUCCAUUUUUGUUCAGUGUAUGAUUCAUGAAGUAUUUACUCUAUACACACACACUGACAGGUGUCACAAUGAUAGUGUUGGCUCAGCUGUGUGUUGCCAUGGAGACACACCACAUAGUGUUAACCUGACUGAUGGAGAGGUGUGUUUUCUGUAAUAUUGUCAUAAGCUGUUCCUGGUCAUCCCCUCAGACAACAUCAGUGACAACAUCAACUGCAGCUCCAGCCACCUGGUUUCCACAGCAACAGUUCCCAUGAUCUCUUUUACCUGGUCAGAGUCACGUCUAAGCCUGCUGACACACACACAACUUAACACAGACAUCCUCUGCGUGAUGUGUGUGUGUGUAUUUGUGUGUGUGUGUGUGUGUGUGUGUGUGUUUGUUCUUAACACAGUCCUCUGCAGCAGUAGAGAGCAGAGCAGGGUCAGAUAUAUUUAGACUGAAAAGGGGAGCCUGAUUUCUACCAGCUGAGAGAAGGACAAACACUCACACAAGCACACGCACACAUUCAGAAAAUGUACCUGUUCACUUUAUCAAUGAACUUGAAAACAAAAUCAGAUCUAGAAUGAGUUUUUAUUACCCAAAGAAAUAAUAGUGUUGGAGCUGCUGCAUGGGAAAAAAGAGAAACAGAAGUGCAGAAGUUAAAGUAAGACAGAGGAUUUCAGACACACAGACACCUGCCUCUUCCUGCUCUCCUCCUUCCUCCUGCUCCUCUCCCUGCUCUCUUCUGUCCUCCUUUCCUCUCUCCUGCUCCUCUCCCUGCUCUCCUCCUGCUUCUCUUUCUCCUCUCGUCUCCUCUCCUCCUCUGACUUCCUUUCCUCCCUCCUCCUGCUCCUCUCCCUGCUCUCCUCCUGCACCUCUCUCUUCUCUUCUCUUCUUCCUACUCUCCUCCUCUCUCAUCCUGCUCCUUUCCCUGAUAGUUUCUCCGGUGCACCCCAUCUACCUUUAAGACAAGAAGAGUGCAAAACUGCAGGCGGCACAAUAUCAUUCAGUCUUAAUGAUCAUAUUUUUAUGAUCUUAGGAGCAGUAACCAUAAUUGAAUUUAGGUUUUAAUUAAUUGCUCAUCAGUGAUCAUGAGUAAAAUGUAUUCAAUAUAAACAAAAAAUCUAAGCUAUGAUGAGACUUUCUGAAACGGUGGAGCCUGUGUGAUCCAGUUUAACAAAAAAAAAAAAGAAGAAAAAAAAAAAGUAGCCGGUGUUAGCGACAUACAGCAUGAUCUUGAUUUACACAGCAAGUGUAAAUCAAGAUCAUUUACUGUGUUGUCUUGUUUACUGGUACUGAUCGUGAUUUUCAGCACAAAGAAAUUAUUCGAUUUUUGCAUCUUCACAUGGAAAGCAACGAAAACAUAACUGAUCUUUUAACCUCAUGAACACCAAACCUUCAUUAAGACGACUUCACGUCUUUGUGAGUAUAAAGGCAGCGCUGGAUACCAUGUGAUAUUGUUAGCAGAGCUAUGUAGCUGUCUUUAUUUCAGGUUUAUCUGUUGAUUUAUUUUCAGUAAUAACAGAAAAAUCUGCUCUCUCAUGUUUUCAAAGGUUCCGUGUUAUUGUGUUCAGAUGUUUCGUCUGAGCAGCUUUUAAAAACCCAAACAGAUUCAGUUCACACAUUUUCAGUUUAUCAGGAGAAAGCUGCAGUCAAAACAGUUUCAUGUGUGAAAUACUUUAUAAAAACCUGCCUGUAGAGAAACUAAAAUGCUUGAUUAUCAACAUACUCGAUCACUGUGUCUAGCUCCAUCUUUCAUAUCUUGCUGCCGUGGUUGUGAGCAUUGACAGGCCUCAGUCAUGAGGGAGACCCUCUCUUUACAUGAGUGGCACCAUCUGCUGUAAUAAAUGUUAAGCUUCAGUUACUAAAUCCCAAAUACAAGACCCAUCCCACUUUUUUCAAGUGUAUUUGGAGAAAUAUUUUAUAUUAUAUUCUCUCAGUGCAGUUAUUUACCUAGUCUGACGUACUGCAGAAAACCCCUCUGUAGUUUCUCUCUUUGCAGUUGGUAAAUGCAGGUUUAUUCACUCUUCAUAGAGGUGGAGUCUUGGUUUUUUUCAGAGCACACAGUGACCUUGAUAUAGAACAUGUUUUUUAUCCUCAGAACAUAUUGACUUAUAUUCAGGGUUUAAAGGUCGAUUGCACUGACUUGGAGGCAUUUUAUUGUUGUGUUUACAAUAUCAGCUCUUAGUCUGUGGGACUGGUAGCUUUCAGGAGAGUUUCUGUGAUAUUGAGAGUUUUUCUGAGUGUGUUAAAGAAUGUCCAGAUGAUUGACUGAUUGAUUGAUUGAUUGAUUUGUAGAAACAAAAGUAUGCAGACUUCUUAUCAUUUAGGUUGUCUUAUAUUCAGGAUAGUAUGUGAUAAAAAAAAUAGCCAAUUAACCCCUAUUUUAGGUGUUGAAGUCAAUUUAGAGAUGCUUUAACAUCAGCCCUGCUUUAUAAGAGUAAAAAGCAGCAGAAAGCGUUGAUAGUGCUGUUAAAAUACAUGUAUAUGUAUGUAUUUGUGUCAUUAUUUAUUCAUUUAAUCCCAUUAUAAUAGAAUACAAUAGUGUAAAGAAACAGAAGGAUCAGAUCACACUGAUUUCCUGGAUUUACAAUGCUGCAGCAAUGUGCAGGAAAGAAAUCUAAAUGCAUCCCUUGCAGGGUAUAUGAGCCUGUGUGUGUGUGUGUGUGUGUGUGUGUGUGUGUGUGUGUGUGUGUGUGUGUGUGUUUCAGAGGACAGAUGCGUACAGCAGCCUGUAGUAGGAUAGGCGGGGUUUCCUGGGGCUAUGUACAGGGACUCUUGUCUGUGUGCAGCUUUUCACUUCCAUAUUAAUCAUCACUACUUAGAGAAAGAAUCCCUGCCUCCAUCCACACUCACACACACGCUCACACGCACACACUCAUACACAUGCCUCGCAUCUCAAUAUCCCUGCUCUCCUGGCUCUCGGCAGGGAGUUGCCAGGGGCAACAGGAGGGUCGGCGCAGUGUGUCUGUCACAUACAGGAGGUGUGUAUGCAUUACUGAGCAUGUUUGCGUUGUGAUAUGAGCUGAAUACAUGAGUCAUAGAUAUCAUUAUAUUAUCAUGGGAACACCAUCCAUAGGUUUCCAUCAUCACUGUGCGUGUAUGAUUGUGUAUGUGUGUGUUGAAGGUGUAUGGGUUUGUAUAGACCAGGUAAAGGCGGAAGGAGAGAAUAUAACACUGAGCGAUUAGAGGAAACGUCACAGACAAGUCUUAGGUAGAAACUAACACACACACACACACACACACACAAAGUUUACAGAGAGGCAGCAACGUGUGAAAUGUGCUGAUAGCUCUGCAGCUCUGCACCUGCACCUUCAUAUCAGUGUUUACACUCAGUCAGUGUGUGUGUGUGUGUGUGUGUAAUCCUCUGAGCUGCUAUACUCUCCAUCACUCUGCUGCUUAAUGUGCUUGAAGACGUCUUUAUUCAUGGUUAGUUCACAAACAUCCACCCGCCUCAUGUUCUCAGGGCUGCAGUCUCAGCGAGGCUGCAAAGGUAACUGUUUUUUAUUGUUACGGCAACAAAAACAUUCAUAAUGCACACUUCAUUUUUAGAGAGGAGGAUUUGAAUCGGUUCAUUGCUGUUUUAAGGAUGUGCAAAAUGAUGUGCUGGGUUUUUGUGAUGCGUCUUUCAUGUUUGAGCUAAAGGGUGCUGCGUUGACGGAGUCUGUGAUACAAUCAGUCUGAAAAUGCUUCCUUAAGAGGACGCAGUCCCCAAAUCCAGUCAGGGGUAUUGUGUAAAACAUGAAGAACAACAGAUAGACCUUGAAACUGCGAGUCAAGAUAUGAGUCGAAUAUUUUUCUUGUGCUCUGCAGUCCUAUUUUGCCAACUGGUUCUCUUUGGAGAGAACUAUUCAUCUGAAAUAAAAUAUAAAAAAAUUGAAGGAUAUAAAAAUACAUGUAUAAACCACAAAGUCUGCACAGUGCACAGAAGAAAAACGUAAAAUAAAGACCUUAUCUGAAUCAGACAUCAGUCCAUCCUCUGUUCAAAAUGAUUGACAGCUAUGAAACAGUCGCUUUCUCAGAUUAAAUGCCAGGAAUUUCAUUUUGGCACACUGACUGAAUUUAUGAUCACCAGCUGAUAAAAUGUGACAAAGAUGUCAACUUGUCAUAUGCUGUCAGCCCCCACAUCUCUGUCACCACCAUGAAAUCAUUUCACAGCUUCACUCAGAGAUCAGGACCAAGAGGAAAGCUGAGAAAACCUGGAACAAACGUUUUCAGGUUGUACCAUUAUCUUCCGUCUUCCACCAACACUCUGUAUACCUGAGUGAACCCAGAAGACCAGAUUCUGGAGUCUUAAAGUGAAUGUUGUCCCAUUUAUAGGAAUGAAGGCUGGCCAGUUUAUCAGCAGGACUCUUCUACUACAGAGCCACGCUGUUGUAAUCCCUGUUGUCAGAAUGUGGUUUGUCAUUGUCUCGCUAAAAUAUGAAGGUCUUCUCUGAAAAAGUCUUUGUCUGGAUGGCAGCAGAUGUUGCUCCUAAACCUGUAGAUAUUGUUCAGCAUUAAUGUAGCCUUCACAGAUGUGGUAGAUAGUACCCAUGACAUGGACUCUGAUGAUCCCCGUACCAUCAGGGAUGCUGGAUUUGGACUGGGAUCCUCCUUUACUCAUCUUCCCUUCAGUCUACCGUAAAUAAACUUAGGUCCAGAGAAGUCUCUGGUGUUUCUAGAUCCUGUCUACCUGGUUUCCUCUUUGCAUGGUUGAGUUUAAACCUCAUUUGUGGAUGCAGUGAUGAAGUGUGUUCACUGUCAUGGUUUUUAAGGGAAUCUGAGCUCAUGCAGUGAUUUCCACUCCAGAGUCCUGUCUGUUUUUAAUGAAGUGCUGCCUGAGGAUCUGAAGAUCGGGACCAUCCGGUCUUGGUUUUGGUUCUUGUCCCUUUAGUCCAGAGAUUUCUCCAGAUUCUCUGAAUCUUUUAAUGAUAUUAUGUAUGUACUGUAGAUGAUGAAAUCCACUCACUCUUUCACAUUUGACACUCAGGAACAUUAUUCUGAAACUGUUGAACUAUUAGCUCACACAGUCUCUCACAGAGUGGUGAACCUGAGAGACUCAGUCUCUCUGAAUGUCUUUUUAUACCCAGUCAUGUUACUAACCUGGUGGAAAUUCGCCUCAUUAGUGAGAGAUGUUCCUCCGGCUGUUUUUAGUAUUACACAACUUUUGACCUGUUUGGUUGUUUCUCUAACAACUUUUUAUCUGUUUGGUUGGUCCACUAAAAACAUGUGAAGUUUUGUCUCCAUACUAUUUUUGAUGAAACAAAGACUUGACAUGAUUUUUCCUAUCAAGCCCUGUUUGAAUUAACAUUUUUAAAGUAUCCCAGUUUUUUGGGGGGUUGUGAUUCAGGGCUCUUGUUGGUGUGAUGUGGUGUGGUAAUCUUAGCCUCCAUUAGCCAUAAAUGCUUUAGUAUUGAUUAUCUGUUGUGCUGGUUCACAGCUGUAUUGACUGGUGGACUUGCAGGCUGUAUUUACAGAUCAGCGUUCACAGUCUACUCUCUGACAUAUCUUCAUCUUCUCUCUGCCUCCUGUGUGUUACUGCAGUAAUAUAAUCAAUAAUAAGAUAAGCUAACUCUGUCUUUUCUAAAAGAAAACAGAAAUUCAGCUGUGACACAGCUUCAUCACAUAUUAAAAACCUUCCCAAAUACAUCCACACACAGCAACAAAUAAAACAGUGUUACCUAUUUUGUGCGAGUCUUUGAUUUAAAUCUUUAUGUAUUCUGUAGCUGUUUAUCAAAGUGAUGCAGCUUUUGCAUUAAGUACCUGUCUUUAUGUUAGCACUGCUGUGAUUUUGCAAUAUAUUUACAUCAGCUGAGCUUUUUAAAGUUCCUCUUCUUUGUAUGUAUGCGUACUGCAGCACGCUGUUAGCCUAGCUUAGCACACAGACUGGAAGCACAGGGACACUGUUAGCCCGACUCAGUCUCAGUGAACCGGCAUCGAUCAACAACACUUAGAAAACCCUGCUGGCAAAUAACGCUCGUUUGGUGCAAUGAGGCAGUUUAUGAUAUUGAGUGUUCCAUUAAAGGUGCCUGUGUGUGUGUGUGUGUGUGUGUGUGUGUGUGUGUGUGUGUGUGUGUGUGUGUGUGUCAGAGAACGAGAGAAAGAAAGACAGAGAGAGUUUGUGUUUGUGGCCUGUCCUUCUGACAGUAAUUCAAGAGCUCUGUAUCUAUGAUUUUUUUAUCUGGCAUUCUUAAAUCAAACAUAAAAACACAAAGUCCAAUAUUUCUAAAAUGCCAGAGAGGUCGCUGCAAUGAGCCACUCUCCAUCAUAAAAGGUGAAGCACAGAGGAUAAAAAGUUUUGGGUGAUUUUGUGUUUAAUUUGUUUUUAUCUUUAAUGAAAUAUCUAUUUAUUGUCUUGCUAAAAUGUCUGUGUCAUGACCUUCAGGGCCACCGUACAAAUGUCCCUUUAAGCUACAUUUCCAGUAGUGACCCUGGAUUAAUUUGGGAUUAAUUAUGUGUUAAUUUUGGACCAUCAUGUGAUUAAUCAGGGUUAAAAAAAACAUUCAUCUGACAGCCAAGUUUUAGCAUCUGUUUGGGUUAAAAAUGGUCUGAAAUCAAUUAUGUGAAAUCAGGAUUGCAUUCAUAGAUCAGUUUUACAGUCGGUCUGUUCAAAGGUUUCUGCUUCACCUAAAACUGAAAUUUAAAUAUUGAACGUUUGACUAAAUGUAAUCAUUUUGUCCAUUUCUCUGGUUAUUUUUCAACAUUUGAGUAAUAUAACGUCUGAAAUAAUCAGCAGACUGGUUGAUUCCUCUGAGUAUUUUUCAUCGAUCUCACCUUGAAUCCUUCACUAACCACCUUGUCUCAUUUCUCCUUGAAUCUCUGGAUCCAUCUAUUUAUCCUCCCCUUCCUCCCUUUUCUCCUCUCAGCUGGAAAGGCUUCUUUCCAGUUUGUCUGUGCUUGACCUCUGACCUCCGUCAUGAUGGGGUCUACACUGCGCUUGAUUGGAUGAUUUACAGACUGAGGAGAGGAGGGGGAGGGGCAGAGAGGAGUGUGAGGAGAGGGGGAUAAUGAAAGUGUGAAUGGAUGGAGAGAGAGAUUAAUGAUGCAGAGGGAGAAAGAGAGAGAUCACAAACGGAGAGAUGGAGGUCUUGAUUUCCCUGCAGAUCCUCUCUCUUGUUAUGGAUUCCAUCUUUCUGGUGGACCAUCCCUCACUUCCUGUCUGCACUCGUCUUCUUCCCCAUCUCUCACAGAGCAGAGAGAGGAAGGACGACGGCAUCCUCCACCCGACUGUGUGGAUGUUAUUUUGACUUGUGUGUUUGGAUGGUUAAAUCAGGUCUAUCACAGUGUAGCAGAACAAACGGAUGGAGGCUGCGCUGAUUCUGUUCAUCCAAAGAUAGACUAACUGCUUCUUUAAACAGUUACUAUAGAUCUCUGUAUCAUGCAUCAAUUUACCUCUACUUUUACGCUUUUGUUCUUGUGCACCUCUAAGUCCUUCAUCCAUUUCCAAAAUCAAAUAAAAGUAGAGUCUCAGUUAAGCUGAGGGUGACUGCAGAGAGAGAAGUACAGCAUUGAAAUAUCAGGGUAUGAAAUGCUUCCUAGUCAAAUGCUGCUCUGGACAAACACACACACCUUUUAAGUCAGAAGCUAAAGCAGAUUUUCAUUUACAGUCAGUCAGGGUUCAGUCAGAUCUAUUCUGCAGACAGCUGAGGGAGAUUCAGCCUCAGACAGAACCAGCUUCUGUUUCCUCCCUUCAGUUCAAUCUGCAGUCGUUCCCUCAGUCAUCUCCUCAGAUGUCUCCUCAGCUGUGUCCUCAGUCGUCUCCUCGUUGUCGCCUUGCUGCAGUCAGAGGCAGCUGGCUAACAGGAGCAGCUCCAUUGGGACAAACAGCCGCUGUGACCUCGUCCUCUGCUGCAGCUCAGAGUCUGUCAGAGUCUCCGCAGUCUGUCUCUCUCACAGACACAGAAACAGAUUUCUGAGGACGUCUGUCUUUUCACUGAGCAGAUGACGUGUUUUCUUCUGUUCCUAGUCAUCCAUCUGGUUUGGGGGGGGCUAUAAUAAAUUUUUUUCAGACUCUACAUUUCCUCUCUGAUACCUCUUUAAUAACUUUAUGUUUUUUUAGAUAAAAAAAAACCUCCUGUUUUUCAUAGUGGCGAGUGAAAAUAUCAUUAUUUCAGCCUUUGUUUUAGCUGAAGCUAGCUAGCUCAGGUUGGCUGAGGGCAGAGCUCGAUGUUUUGGCCCCGCCCCCUUUUUUGUGGUCAAUCAGUAGAGCACUGGAGCAGCGUUUACAUACAACUAGUAUUGUCCAUAGACUGUAUAUAGAAUGGACGCCGUCUGCCUCCUCGCUCGGUGAGCCACCCCGAGAACAGCACCCUCUGUUGACGCGCUGCAGUAUAGGUCAUAAAUCCCGCCUCCUCCAGCAAUCCCUAUGGAGCUGUGGACAAACUUUAGAGAUUGAUUACACAGGAUAUACAAUGUUAGUUAUUCUAGGACUGGUUUGUGCUCAAGUCCUCUUUUUUUUCUGUACAGCUCCGUUUUUAAAAGUUAUUCGGGGAUUCAUGUUUUCUUUGAUUGACACUUGAUUCAGCCUAUGGGUGUACGAAGAUUGUGUAGUAGCUCACACUGGGGACACGCUGUUUGAGCCGAGCGUCAUCACAGCGACUCUUGGUGACUCUCCUGCCGAAUGCGUACAAUGCCACUGCGCAAGUGGUGGAGUGCGCACAAUGCUACUGCGCAAUGUUGGUUUCAGGAAAUGGAGAAAAAUCAUGGAAAUACCGAGAGCUUUUCGGCUUCAAAUCCGUAUACUAGGGAACUGAAUUGUCCAUUGUAUAUACAGUCUAUGGUCUUGUCACUUCGACAGAUACUGAAGUUUUAGAUCCUUAGCUUAUAAAAUCACGUGUGGUGCAAAUGUUUGUUGCUGGGAGACUGGGGGGAUCAGUUAAAAAAAACAAAAAAAAACAAACAAAAAAAAAAAAACACUAUUUUGGGGAGCGACACAUGACAGCCACCUCUGAAGACACAGUGAGGAAGGUCGAGAACUUUUUACAGACAUGCAGAGAGGUUCUGCAGAUUAGCAAUGUCAGAAUCUCUGAAGACCAGCAACAUCAAGACCAUCUGAGCCUGUUUUCUGCUGCCCUGAACACCUGACUGACACCUGCUGAUACAAUCAAGAGCAAGUAUACAGAAAAAUGGACACUGAAAGUCUGAAAUAGCUUUCUGUUCAGUUCCCUUGCUGCAGUAAAUCCACAUUUAGUGGUCUGAACCUCAGUCUGCUUGUCUGCAGAGAUUAUUCUGUGAGCCAGCUCCAAACUCUGAUACUCACAGUGUCUCAUUAUUUUGACUCCUCUGUAAGUUUCAAAGCGUUUUUAUACUGCUGUUUAUAUACAUAAUAUUACUGUGGGUAAUGUUUGAUCAAGUAAAAAGAAAAAAACACUUUUGUUUGAUAGAUAAUAUGCCAAAGACCUCUGCAUUUAACACAGGUCAGACUCACACUGUAGGUAAAACAUGAACCAGCCGAUUAUUUACCAGAGAGUCACUCAGACAUCCUCUCUUUCCACAUGAAUCUGUCCAUCCCUUCUCUCUCCUCCCUAAACAGCAUCUUCACUGACUUUUCUCAUUUCCCUCUCUUAACUCCCAUCAUGCCUCUUUCCUCCAUCCAGCCUUCCCAGUCCUCCCAGUCCCAUCAUCUUUCCUGUCCUCCAAAUCCUCCUGAUACACCACCACACUUUUCCAUCUAUUUUCCCCCCAACCUGAUCACGCACACAAACACACACCCUCUCUCCUCCCUCUCUCCCUCUCUCUCUCUCUCUCUCUCUCUCUCUCUCUCUCUCUCUCUGCUCAGUGGUGUAGAAUGGCCUUUGUUGGGAGUAAAUUGCUUGGCCUCUUGGUUCACAACCAAUUCACAGGAUGGCAGCUGCAGAUUAAACCGCUGUGUGUGUAUGUGUGUUGUGUUUUUGUGUGUAUAGGUGUGUGAGUGUCAGUGUGUGGUGUACAUGACGGACCACGCAGGUUUCAGCCACCUUCCUUUCUUUCUGUCGGUCCGUCUGAUCAGGAUCUUCAGGUUAUCGACUGUUUCCUCUCCUUCACUCCUCUCGGCUCAAAAACAGAAGCAGCUGAGAUUUAUGGACAAAACUGCACUUUUAUUAAACACACUGAUUGUUGAAUUAUUCAUAAUUUUAAUCCAGUUUUCUCCAUCUGAAGAAAUAUUCUGGUUCUGUUAGAUUUGGCCCCGGGCUGACAAAGGCAUCAUACCUGUAAAAAGUUAGAGCAGGUUUAUCAGUAAAUCUCAGAGGAUCUUAAAACUUUUACAAAGGUUAUAUAACUUGUCAUACUGACCAAUAGGGAAAGAUUAUAUUCAUAUUAACUUUUAGAAACCCCAUCCGCCAAGGUCAAAGGUCACCUGUGUGGUCAGUCUUCAGUAGAAGCGGCUGUGGUUAACAGAGAUGGAGGCAGAACUUCAUGUAGACGAUGUGGAAGAGUUUCUGCUGAGUGAAGCUUUAACAUCCAGAGUUUCUGCUGACGGCUCCAGAAACAACCCACACAUCAGCCCGGACAUGUUAUAUUCAUUAGGACCUCUGCGUGUGUGUGUGUGUGUGUCUGUGUGAGUGUGUGUGUGUGUGCCCUGUUUAUCAGCUAAUGUGUGUAACAAAGGACAGUGAGAGGAGAGAGUAGAGGACAUAAAAAGAAAUGUACUUGUAAAUGUGUGUGUGUGUGUGUGCGUGUGUGUGUGUGUGUGUGUGUGUGUGUGUGUGUGUGUGUGUGUGCUGACAGAAUGCAGACUGAGAGAAAACACACUGAGUCAGCCAUCACACACACACACACACACACACACACACACACACACACACACACACACACACACACACACACACACACACACAAACUACUCUGCAGCAAAGUGACAAACAAUAUUGAAAUACAUGAUGUGAUUGUGUUAAUGUUUGAGCUGCAGUGAUCCACAUUUGUGGUCGUUCAGGAAAACAGCAGCUGCACAUACUGUAACUUCUGUAACAGAAACGGGGGUCAUCAGUGAUCAUGGAUGAGAAUCUCAUUAACAUUGUUGCUUUUGCUUCAUGAAAAAUCUGCUCAUUUUAAAGUUGAAGAAGCAAAGUAUUGAAAAAAAUGUAAAAGGAACAACCAAACAGAUGAAAACAAACACCAGAGCUUUCUCUGGACCUGAGGGGAAGAGGAAAACUGUGCUGUGUGUGCUGAUAAAUCAAGACAUGACCCUUCAUCCUCCACUCUGAAGAAAAGGAGGACCACCAAAAUUUGACUCUUUUUUUAGAUCAGGGACGCUUCAUCCUCUGCUCUUAAGAAGAGAGGGACCAAAUGUUGACAUUCUUUUUGGAAAUCCUGGACAAUGCCUCGAUUGGUGCCAAGAGGGGGAGGAUCACUAAAAUCUGCCAUUUUUUUGGAAAUCAUGGACCCUGUAUCCUUCUCUCUAUAGAGUAGAGGGUCCGCUCAGCUUGACUUUUUUAGAGAAGACCUUCAUACUUCAGCAAGACAAUGACAAACCACGUUCUGCAGAGGUGCCACCUUUUUGAAACCAUGCUACAUCACAUUUAAAAUGAGUUAAUUUUUUAUAAAACAAAAACGUCCUUCAGUUUUAACAUUUUAUCAGUUGUUUUUGCAUCAAUUUCAGUAAAAGAAAGUGCUCUAAGUGCUAUCUAGCCCUUCAAAUCCAGUUUCUUUACAUGUUGGACACAUUGUCCAGCUGUUAAGGAAUCAGAGGUUGUACUUGGUUUGACGUUGGAUUCAGACCAGAUUGACUAUUUUUUGGCAACUAUGGCGGAUAUCUUUUUGAAUUUUUAUAAACUGAAACUUUGCAGUGAUGUUUGUAAAUUAUUUCAUACAUAUUUUCAAAGGCAGUUAUCAAAAAUAAAUUUGACUUUUGAUUUUGGUCCCGAGUCGAACAUCAGUGGUCAGACUAUAUUACUCUUCUGUUGUGUUUUAUCUGUACUGCACUGUGGUACAAGUACCGUAUCGACUGUGCUGAAGCGUGUAUAAAUUCUGUCUGACAGUAAACACAGAGAUCCACUGAUGUCACCUCGUCACAGAGGAGUGGAAAUCAGGAGGACAGAUGUCCCUCAGCGUCCUCCAGAGGCUGCGCCGUCUUUUUAUAGGCUGUCAGAAGUAGAGUAGGCUAAUUAGAAUACAUCCUGAAUAUAGACCAGAAACACACACACCCUGAAGAAUACACACACACUCAGCCCUCACAGAUGAUAUUCAGACAGUCUACAGCAUCAGUGACCUUUGACCCCUCAGGAGGCCGAUGAGCAGCUCACACUGUCUGCUCUGUAAUCCAUGCUACAUGUAUAUUAGAGCAGAUUAACAUGGAUUACAGAUGGAUUAUCACCACCAGAAACUGCAGCAGGUGAUUAGGUCAUUUUCUGCUCCUUUUACUGAUCAGCAUAAUCUGCUUUUCAUCUUCAACCUCUGCAGAGUGACCGGUCUAACAGAUCUCUGUCAGCCUGAGGAACAUGAGGAUCACCCGGACCGCCAGAGGUUCAGGAUUAAUGGGGCGUUUUCAGGAGGGGUUUACUGCCACUGCAUGUCUGUGCAGGAAAAAACAGUGUAUGGAGUGAUGAUGAGAGGUGUGAAAAUACCGAGUUAAAGACAUGAGAUGAAGUAGCUGCUGCUGACUUUAUUGGUCAGAGAAGUUAGUUUAAAAUCAAGCCCCUUAUGUCCUUAGAAACAUGGAUGUGGUCUCUGUGACAUCACCUGUUGGUUUCUAAAGCAGAGUUUUGAAGACAGCAGACACCAUGCUGGAAAAGCUGCAGACUUUUGGCCUCCUUGCUAACAGCUGCGGUGAACCCACCUGUCAGUCAAGUUAGCCCUGCCCCUAAUUAUGUGAAAACCCUGAAAAGACUGAGAUAUAUAGACAUUCGGUCUCUGUGUAGUGUGUUUAGAGAGGGAGUGAGUUUUGAACCAGGCUGCAGGCCUGUUUAUUUCUGAUGUAAAAAUAGUUUUUUUGUAGGUGUGUCGGUGGUUUUGGUGAUUUUGCAGCCUGCCUCUAGUGGACACAAGGGAACUGCAGUUUUUAACACUUUAGCUAGGUUGACCAUAUUCUGACUUCCCAAAAAGAGGACACAACUAUGUGGGGGUGUAGUCACGGAGUCGCAUGAAGUUAAUUUUGAGAGUUUUUCAGGUCACAUUGAGUGUCUUUUACGCGCUUCUAACUCAGUAACUCGUGACAUAAAAAUCGAAAUUUAUGUACAAAAAGGAUUUUAUAAACUUCCCAGACAAACCCGGACAGCCCCCCAAAAGGAGGACAUGUCUGGGUAAAAGAGGACGUAUGGUCACCCUAACUCUAGUGUUGGCCUCAGGGGGUUUCCAGUCUAAUUCUUGACUAACUAUGUGAAUUCAAUCUACCCUGAGAUAAGAUUUGUGAUCCUUGCACCUCUAACACUUUGGUCUAAAGCAGAAAAAUCCAAAUCAUCAAAAAUCAAUCGAAAAAAAUCAUUGUAUCAGUUGAAGUUUCUCUGAGGAUCACUGGCUCUUGCUCCCAGGCGGGAGCUCUCUGACUGUACGGCUGAAUUUGUCUCUCUGUCUCUAAAUAAAACCGAACAUUUCUAAUAAACAGAGCUCAGAGCUGGAGGGGGAGGACAGGAACACAUGUCAGAGUGGAUGAGGCUCACAGAGACAUGACUGACCUACAUUAUUUUAGAGGAGGGGAGAGAUGCUCACUGCUUCAUUCAUUCAUUUAUUUAUCCAUUCAUUUAGGCUGCAAACAGGGGAGACUUGAGGAUUCUUCACGCUCUACACAGAACCUCAAUUUUCUGUAAUGUUUUUGCAUCCUUUUAUAACAUAAACAUUCGAAAGCCUCAAGUUUCCACCUUUUCACUGCAGAGACUUUGUGUUUUUGUCUCUAGUUCAGGUUCAGCAGAGAGGACGUGAAUCUCAGAGACAAAGGGAGAGCUCAGGAUACUUGAUAUGUAAUAAGAAAAGCAAAUAGCAUCUGAAAAACAUGAGCGCAACGAGAUGCAGAGAAGUCAAACUAUUUUGGUGCACUGCAGGGUCUCAGAGGUUUUUUUCAUAUAAUGCAGAACAACCCUCUAUCCUCAGUGAAGUUUGGAUUGAUAGAUGUGUGAAUGUGUAUCUAAGAUCUUUGAGCAGCAUAUAAACUGCAGUGAAUUAAUUGCGCUCAAACCUGCCGUCGAGUUUUAAAAUCAGUCCUGCAAACGUUUUCACGUGUUCAUUCAAAGCUAAGAUGUAGAUGUCAGUUAUCCGACAAGAUUUCUCAUUAUUAAGACAAACCCUGAAAGAAGGGACUGGAUCUGCUGCAUGGACUCUGACUCUGCAGUAUGUCUGUAAUGCUGUCAUUUUGACUUCACUUUAGUAUAAAAGGGGGCAGAGAUGAAUCAUGCAGCUUUAUGGUCAGUAGAUGUGAGCUGACAUUUGCAUCCGUGUCCCAAACUAUCACAAGAUCAGCUCGACUGCAUCUGCUGCAAGAAUUCAAUCCUGUACUACAGCUGCAUGAGCAUCAGAACAAAUGUUUUAAAUUCUCUGAGGUGCAGCAACAUCGAACGUGUGUGCACUGUUGAACUUUGACCUGAGAGGGGCCGGAGAGAGGUCAGGGUCAUAGAAAAUCAUUAGGGUUCAUCCUCUGGGAGCAUGAUCUCUGCACGGAGAAUCAUGACAUUUAGGCAGGAGGUGAUGAGAUACAUGACAUACCUCUGUGUGUGUGUGUGUGUGUGUGUGUGUGUGUGUGUGUGUGUGUGUACAGUAGGAACAGUGGGAGGAAGUCCUCUUACAUAAAGCUGUAGGAAACUGUAACAUGAGCUGGAAUAAUCCUGACCUAAUUUCACUGCUUCACUCCUGCAGCGAGGUCACACACGCACACACACACACAUACACACACAUGCAUGUACACACACACACAGCAGAAGUGUAUACUCUGGCCUUUCUCGUUCUUUUCACCUCUCUCUCUCUCAUACACACUUACAGUCUGGAUCACGUCCCCUCUGUCUGGACGGAGGAAUGCUGUGUUUCCUGUGUGUGUGUGUGUGUGUGUGUGUGUGUGUGUGUGUGUUUCCUGUGUUGUGAUCUCUGCUUCCUAACUGAUCCCAGCUGCUUGAUAAGGAAACAGUUUCUCUGCUGCUACUGAAAACACUAAACCAGGAACUUUGUCAUAGUUCUGGGAACGUAAGAUCUCCACUCCUUUUUUUUUCUGUUGUUUCUGCACCACAAGAAUAUGAAUUAUUUCGGUCCUUAGAAUCUUUUUUUAGAAGCACCUUUCAGUGCCAGGUUUUGAGAAAGUAUCCUUGCAGCACAAGAGGGACUCUUGUGCGCCGAUGCCGCACUGCCAACCACCACUUAUAUAUAUCACUGUAAUGGUUAGUAAAAUAACAUGACAUAACAUUUUAAAUCAUAGAAAAUUGGGAAAACCACUGACACAUGAACCAACACUCCAGGCUUUAUUGACUGUGUACACCAGAAGGCAUACAACACAAUAUGACUCAGGAAGACCUGAUGUUAUCCUUAAAGUGUUCCCAGAGAUAAAGUAAAGAAACUAGGACAGGGAGAUCAAUCUAAGUUCAAUUUACCAUAUCACCAUAGGGCAGGGGUGGACUGGGACAAAUAUUUGGCCUUGAAAUUUUUGGUCCAGACCGGCCCACAAUCCAUGUACAGAUACUGUGUCAACUCACCCAAUUGAUGCACAUACAAACACCACUGAUAACACCACUAUACUGAACAAGUGAACAAUAUCCAUUUAUGUUCUUGAGCUGUUCAGAUAAAUGAUAACUAUACAGAGUGUUGCAUACUUGCCCUAAAGAAGGGUACUGAAGUAAGGAUUUAGGAUUCAAGACUGUUAAUUUAUCAUUUUCUCUUCAGGUCUUACAGUAAAGAUCAACUUAAUGUAUAGACAAUUCAGCUGCAAAAUGUGUAUGCUGAUAUUUUAUUGUAGCAUCGAAAUGGUUGAAAGGACAAAAAAACUGUAAACACUAAAAAAAUAUGUAAAAAGAAAUAUUAUUUAAGUUGUUAGAUCGAUCCUGUCUCUGGGGACCUGAUUUGUGGGAUGUCGUUAUAGGUAGAAAGGAUCAAAAACUUUAAAAUAUCAGAUCUCAAAACACAUCAGAUUUUAACGUGUGAGUUGUAAGCUUGUGGAUCUGCAAUUUUGUGAGUAGAGCAGAGAGAGGAGAGCAGGAAAAGGAGAGCAGAGAGGAGCAGGAAGAGGAGGGAGAGCAGAGAGGAGCAGGAGGAGAAGGAGAGAGAGGAGGGCAGAGAGAGGAGCAGGAGGAGGAGGAGAGAGAGAGAUGAGAGCAGAGAGGAGCAGGAGGAGGAGGAGGGAGAGAGGAAGGCAGAGAGAGGAGAAAGGAGAAGGAGAGAGAGAGAGGAGAGCAGAGAGGAGGAGGAGGAGAGAGAGAGGAGAAAGGAGGAGGAGAGAGGAGCAGGAGGAGGAGAAAUGAGAGCAGGGAGAGGAGGAGGAGAGAGGAAAGCAGGGAGAAGAGGAGGAGGAGGAGAGAGGAGAGCAGGGAGAGGAGCAGGUGGAGAGCAGACUGUGUUUCAGUGUGUCUGAAAAGCAGAGGGACAGGAUCAUGUAUCAGUUUAAUACUGAUGGCUACAAAGUGAGAGACAUUGUUCUGAAUUAUGGUGUAAUUCAUUCCUGUGUUCUGUCUUUUUUUAGAAGCUCUAAGGAUUGCAUUUGAUUUAUAUGGUAGAUGUUAUACGACUGAAGCUUGAUCAGUUGAUUGAGGAUCAUGCAGAAUUUUCUUGAACUUUAAUGUCUGAGGUUGCUGCAGCUAUUCUAAAUAGCGGUCUAGCAGAUUGAGUAAAUAUUAGUCAUUAAGCUGACUUUCUCUCAUUUUAUCAUGACCAUGUUGUGCUAAAAACAGGAGCUUGGUGACAUAAUGCUACACUGCUUCAAUCAUUUGAAUUAUUGUGGCACAAUUAUACCUGUGCUCUGUCCAAACCCAUCACAUCCACUGUCUAAACUCCCUGAGGCAUCCAAAAAAGAGAUAUGAAGCCAUGUGAGGUGAGUUUGUGAGAUAUCUGCUGCAGGUAAAAGCUGAAUAUUUGUCUCAUUCUGUGGUGGUGGUUUAGAUUUACUCACACUCACAGCAAACGCAGUGAACCCAGGAGAUGGAGAAUGUUUUUUCCUCUCAGUGUGUUUUUUUUGUUUCGGUGCCAACCAAAGGCUCUGUCGCUUCUCCAGAAACUAAAACCCAUCUCCUGGGUGAUGUAGUUAAAAAUAGAUCAGCUGUCUCUGCAAAAAAUAGCAGAGGGUCGAGUUUUAUCAGCAAGUGCAGCAGACUAAAGAAAUGCAGAAAUCACUGCAACACUAUGACAAAUGACCACUAUGUCUAAAGAUAGGGUUUCAAUAAGCAAAACAGUAGUGAAUUUUUUUUGCUCUUUAUAUUUUCAGAAGGAGGUAAAAAAACAAAAACAAAGAUAAGAUUUUAGCUUGGUUAAAGGUAGAGUCACUGAGAUUAUCACACAACAUCUGAUAGUGACAAACUAUAUCUGAGAAAGCAAAUAAAGUCCUGUGUGUCCAGACCAUAGACUGUAGACCUCCCAUCAUUGAACACAUUUUGGGGAUUUUUUGAAACUGACCCAGCGAAGAGGGAGUAGAUGUCCAUUGUAUAUAGAAUCUAUGGUCCAGAUUCAGAGGAAAUGAGUCACAAAAUCCUGCAAGACAACCUUAGAUUAUUAGAUGAAUUUCCAAAGCAGAUGUUUUUGACUGACAGAAUAUUUUCCCUCUUUUGAAACAUUAAUCCUUCAAAACAUCAAAUAUUUGUGCACACAGAGUCAGCUCUCAGUGUUCAGAGUUAUUUCUGUCUGUGCAGGUUGAUGGAAGUAUUUAUAGCCGUGAUCCUCUCUGGAAGUGUGUGUUCUCAUCCUCUGUGUGUGUGUGUGUGUGUGUGUGUGUGUGUGUGUGUGUGUGUGUGUGUGUGUGUGUGUGUGUGUGUGUGUGUGUUAUCAGCAAAUCUAGAUCAGUCCAGACUGAUUCACUGGCCCCUUCAGGCUCAGUUGCCAUGGUAAUCUGUGUGUGUGUGUGUGUGUGUGUGUGUGUGUGUGUGUGUGUGUGUGUGUGUGUGUGUGGAUUGCAGGACCAGAUUUCAGAUGAUAUCUGCCGAUGAGGUUCAGAUUAAUCUUUGAGAGUGCUCUCCUGCACAGCUUGAGUCAGCUCUAUUUUUAUUGUCAUUCACACAGUGUGUGUGUGUGUGUGUGGUCCCUCCAGGUGCUCUGCAGGAUGUUUGACUGCCUGCAGGGGGCUCCACAGGUGGAGGUAGGUGUGUCAGCAUGGAGUGGUGUAGAGACAGUUUGAGAUGUUGUUUUGUUCUGCACAUGGCCGGGAUCUACGGUUUGCUGCUCCAACAGAAAUUAUUUCACAACUAAUAAAGUUUUAAAAAAGGCGCUUUAACGCUGAAAUAAUACGCAUGCGUUUGUAUUCAGACACGGCAGCUGAGUCACAUUAUUUCCAUCAGGUUUGGAUUUGUUUCAGCUGUGAUUGAUUCCUGGUUUGAUUUAUGAUGUUUUAGUAACAAUGAGACAUUAAAAUGAGUUACACCUCCCUCUGGGCAUGAAUGUACACUUUCAUUCAGAGUCACUUUUUCCCCUCUCUGUCCUGCAUGUUCAGAGCUGCACGGAUGGAAGAAGUUGCUCUGAAACAGAACCAAUCUGCUUGUUUUGCUAAAUGCAUCAGCUUCAAAACUGAUAUCUCUAAUUUUUGCAGAGGAAGCUCUGAGGUCUGAGGUAUGCAGGGACAACAGCUGGAGUCAUAAUUAUGAGACAUGUUGUAACAAAACAUCAGCAGUCUGAGAGUCACAGCGGCAAACACUCAUCAAACGAAAACGAUGCUCACUAUGUGCAGUUUAACAUCAGGUAUGCGGUCAGGUGCAAGCCUGGCUCAGGGAGGAGGACGCCCCUGCCAUGCAGAGUCUAGGGUCACUACCUGGAGAGGGGCGAGGCCAGGAUGGCUCUCAGCCGCAACCCUGCAGUUGGAGUCUAGGCACCGUCGGAGGUGCGUCAGGCAGAAAUGCCCUGCAGGUACCAACACCUAUCUGUCACAUAAAUCUGCUUUCUGGGAAACCAGUGACUACUGAGAAUAGAUCAGUUGGAGUCCAGGGAAGACUGGAGGACUGUCAGGAAAGUCUGACUGGCAGCGGGGAAGACUGCAACUGGGGUGGGCGGGCUAGUUACCCUUCCCACAGGCCAACCUAGGCCAACUCAAGCAAACUACAAGCAAAGAAAAGAAAAGACAACCCAGUGGUCCUCCGAGAGGUGGGAUGAAAGAAGGACCAGUACGGACAGACGCAACGGCAACGAACGGAACGGACACGACAAAGGAAAAGAUUCUCAGGACGUGCACGUGUGGAUGGAUGAAGGAAACAACCUUCAAGGGAUUGAGAAUUCACCAAGGGAUCAAAAAGUGUCGCAGGGAUGACCGAGUGCAACCUUGCACUGCCCAGGCAGAUGAGACAAGAAGGGAACAAAGCCAGGUUGAGCACCACAGCGCUAACGAGCCCACUGUUGCAGAUGGUCAAGUGCCAUCAGAACCCCCUGACACAAACCCACUGGUGAACCCUCAACCGGAAGAAAUGAUCCCAACAACCGAGGACAGAAGGAAGGAGAAAGAACCUGGCAGAAAAAACAACAUCUUGUGGCCAAAGGCAAAAGACUCUGACAUCUGGAGCAAGUUGGACGAUGACCUGGCAACCACUCUUAAGAACGUCCUCAAAGGCAAAGUGGAAAACAAAGUGAACAUCUUCAGUGAGAUAAUCUACGAUGAAUGCCUUGGCAGGUUUGGCCAAAAGGAGAAGAAAAAGGAACACCUGCCCAAAGCCAUGAGUAGAAGAGAAAAGGAAAUCCUCCAGCUCGUGAAAGAACGAAGAGCACUACGCAAGGCUUGGAGAAAGGCUGAGGCAAAUGAGAAGGAAGGCCUCCAGGCGUUAUGGGAUGAAGUGAAAUGCCACCUAUCAUCACUCAGGAGGGCCGAGCGCAUUCGAAAGAGGAGGAAGAGGAAAGAGAGUCAGCGCGCAAGAUUCCUAAAGGACCCCUUUAAAAUGGCCAGAAGCCUGCUGGAGGAGAAAAGGAGUGGUACCCUGGUCAUGGCAAAGGAAGACCUCGAGGAGCACCUAAAGAGGCAGAUGUCCGAUGCAGGACGGCAUCUCCCUCUUGGAUCCCCUGGCCAUGUUCCCCAACCAACUGCUCCAACCACAGAGUUUGAGCUAGUACCACCCAAGCUGAGUGAAGUGAGAGAUGCAGUAAGAAGAGCAAGGUCGAGCUCCGCCCCCGGACCAAAUGGAAUUCCAUACAAGCUCUACAAAAGAUGCCCUCAAGUCCUGGAAGAGCUAUGGAAAUUGAUGAGGCUGAUUUGGAAACAACAGAGCGUCCCCGCUGAGUGGCGUAGAGCUGUGGCCAUCCUGAUUCCAAAAGAUCAGGUUUCUUCCACCAUCGGCCAAUUCCGAAGCAUUGCUCUAUUCAACGUAGAAGGAAAGAUUUUCUUUACUGUCAUUGCCAAAAGAAUGACCAAGUUCCUGCUACAGAACAACUACAUCGACACAAGCUGCCAGAAAGCUGGUGUCCCAGGGUUCUCAGGUUGCUCAGAACACGCAACGAUAAUCUGGGACCAGAUCCAGUUUGCCAAGAGAGAAAAGAAGGACCUCCAUGUCGUAUGGUUGGACUUGGAAAACGCUUAUGGUUCUGUCCCACAUAAGCUGAUUAGUUUUGCCUUGGACUUUUUUCAUGUGCCUGUAGGGGUCAAGAACAUCAUCGAGAGCUAUUAUGCGGACGUGAAGAUCUGCCAUUCCCUGCAGAGCUAUACAACUGACUGGCAGCAACUGGGAAGAGGAAUAGCGAUGGGGUGCUCAAUCUCACCCAUCCUCUUCACAGCCGCUUUUGAGGUCAUCCUGAUCGGAGCGAGGACCAUGGUCAGAGGAGUGCGCAAUAGCGCAGGCCUACGAUUGCCACCACUUCGCUGCUUCAUGGAUGAUGUUACAAGCCUACUGCAGACCGCUGUGUGUACAGCACGGCUCCUCAAAAGGUUUGAAGAGUUGCUGUCUUGGGCCAGGAUGAGGAUAAAAUCCAAGAAGUCUCGCAGCCUCUCAAUCCGCAAGGGUAGACAAAUGGACUCAGUCUCUUUUCUAGUGGCAGGAGAGAGAAUUCCCGUACUUGCAGAACAACCACUCAGAAGCCUUGGCAGAGAAUAUACAGCGGAUCUCUCAGACAAGCACAUGGCAGCUGCAGUCACAGACCAACUGAAAGAGGGGUUAAAAAGGAUUGACCAGAGCUACCUUCCUGGCAAGUUCAAAGUCUGGUGUUAUCAAUUCACACUAUACCAGCGGGUGAUGUGGCCCCUAAAGAUGUGUGAGAUAACGGCAACAACAGUCACGAAGCUGGAUGCCAAGGCCAACAACUACAUCAAAAAAUGGCUUGGGCUCCCAAGAUGCCUCUCCGAUGCAGCGCUGUUUGGAAGAAAUGCACUGCAGCUACCAGUGAAGAACAUCUCAACUGGUUAUAGGCUGGAGAAGUCAAGGCUGGUGCUGGAACUCCGACAGUCAAGUGACCAUCUGGUCAGAAAUGCUGGGGCUAAGAUCCGGACAGGCCGAGCAUGGAAGGCAGAGGAGUGUGUGGACGAUGCAAUCUCCAGAUUGAAACAUCAAGAGCUUGUCGGAAGAACACAGCAAGGAAAGCGUGGCCUGGGCUGGGGAGAGCCACAAAAGAUGUGGUCAAAGGCAUCCUUGAAAGAAAGGAAACAGCUAGUGGUCACAGAGGUGACAAGGAUGGAGGAAGACAGGUUCUUUGCCAAGUCUAUUGGCCAAUGCCAGCAAGGUCAGUGGACAAAGUGGGAGGGCUUCCUACCAAGGUCAGUAAAAUGGAACGACCUGUGGAAGAUGCCUCAGGCAAGACUGAGCUUUCUAAUCAGAGCCACAUACGACACUCUUCCUAGCCCAACGAACCUGGCACAGUGGUAUGGAUCUGAGGACAACUGUAGCCUCUGCGAAACAGGCAAGGGAAAUCUUCGCCACAUCUUGUGCGGCUGUCCAACAGCCUUGGCCCAGGGCCGAUACACAUGGCGUCAUGACCAGGUGCUAAGAAAGUUGGCGGAGCACACAGAGAACAUGAGAGUCCUGGCCAAUGAGAAGACAACAUCCCAACAGAGGCAGCUGGUCCAGUUUGUAACAGCGGGACAAGCCAAGAAAAACUGCCCUAAAGCAGACAGAGCAGCGGUCCUGACUCCAGGCAAAGACUGGUCAAUGAGAGCUGACCUUGACAAGCAGCUACGCUUCCCAUUCGACAUCACCACCACCACACUGAGACCCGACAUCGUCCUGUGGUCCUCAACUGAGAAGCGAGUCCUGUUAGUCGAGUUGACGGUCCCUUGGGAGCAGAACAUCCAGGAAGCGUAUGAGAGGAAAAUGGCCCGUUAUGCAGAGUUGGUGGCAGAAUGUGAAGAGAAAGGCUGGAGAGUAUCAACCUAUCCAGUUGAAGUUGGCUGCCGCGGCUAUGCUGGCCUCUCAACAAACCGCUUCCUGAAGGACAUCGGCUUCACAGCAGCAAAGGCCAGGAAGGUCCUACAGGAUCUCUCAGAGGAAGCAGAAAAGGGAAGUUUCUGGCUCUGGCUGAGAAGAAAAGACAGGAGUUGGGGGAAUCGAGAUGCCACACAGUAAGCCUGAGUGCCGAAGUCCAGCUGCAGGGAGUGGCGGGGAGACGUCCCUGACCGCUGCCCCACCAUCCUGAGAUGUUCUGGUGAUCAAAGGGGCGAAACAUCAGUGAAGGAUGGCUCCUAGCUGAUGACCCUGCAGCUGGUACUUCUGUACUGGCUGAAGUGGGCCCGAUGGAAGCGGCCCAUGAGGUUUCAACCUUCGCUUCCCAACCAUCAGGUAUGCGGUCAGGUGCAAGCCUGGCUCAGGGAGGAGGACGCCCCUGCCAUGCAGAGUCUAGGGUCACUACCUGGAGAGGGGCGAGGCCAGGAUGGCUCUCAGCCGCAACCCUGCAGUUGGAGUCUAGGCACCGUCGGAGGUGCGUCAGGCAGAAAUGCCCUGCAGGUACCAACACCUAUCUGUCACAUAAAUCUUUCUUCACUGCAUGGUGGUUUGGAGAGCUAACCAGUGUGAAGGCUGAUUUAACCGCCGACUGAGAAUCUUUGUCUGUGCGUUGUAUCCUUGUAUUUAUCACACACUGUGUCCCUGAUGAGCGGUGCAGCCAGCAAUGCGAACAGCAACAGGAGCCACUUUCUACUCUGUUUUUAACAGUCAACUUGAGUGUGACAUCACUCUCUGCUCCGACAUCUGACCCCAGAAGUAAAUAAAAAGCUCCACGACAUGAUUAUGUGAUAAUUGCAUGUGUGCGCAUCACAGCUGCAAUGUUGAAAUGGUACAACGUCCAGCCCUGGAUGAGUCCAUUUGAAACAAACUGACUGAGGACUGCAGGGAGGGACUGCUUUAAAAGGAAUGAAGUGGUGCUGAUGUGUGUUCCCUGCAGAAACAGACAGAGCUCAGCACAUGAUGACAGUGUAUGAUGUACAUGUGGACCGAUCAGUAAACAGUACUUAAAAAAAAAUCUGUAUCAGACUGUAUCUGCGCUCAUAAGGCCUAUUAAAACUAUAAUGUACUCACAUCUGCAGACACUGCAGGCAGUUCCAUCAGUGUGACUGCCGGUGAGCUUCCUCUGAUAUGAUCACAUGUUUGUCCAUCAAAUCAAAAACUGUCACUGGUAAUGAUUAAUAAGUAUCAAUCAAUUCAUCAAUCAGACUAGAUUUGUAUUACAUGUUUCAUACAACAACAUGGAGCUCAAAGUAUUUUACAUUAACAGUUAAAAAAACAAUCCAACCUCUAUUUAUGUUUACAAUUAUGCAAACAAAAGGUAAAAAUAAACAAACACACAAACAAACAUUAAACAACAGAAGACAAAGACAGAGCAGAGAGCUCCAUAAAACAGGAACUGGAGAUUAAAUGGGACAAAUAUGGCAGAUAAAAAAUCAUCAUAAAUAAGAAAUAAAAAAAAGGAACAAAUGAGAUAAUAAACCAACAGAUGAAUAGAUGAACAGAACAAGGAGAGGAUAAUAACAAAGGAUGAAAGACUAAAAAACAAAUCGAAAAUUACAAAAAAAAAAAACAGGCUUUGAUUGACAAUGAUUAUAAUCAUGAAUUAUUGAUAAAUGUAGAAUAAUAAAAUAGAGUCACUGGAGCAGUAAUAAUAAAAAGCAGCUUCACUGUGAGAUAGAUAUUAAAUUGUUGAAUAUAGAUUCUGUUAUAAUGUUCAAAAUAAUGCAGUCAUGAUCUGAAAUGUGCUUCAUAACCUAACAAAUGUUUAUAUUUGAUUAAUUAAUUCAAAACCCACCUGAAACAUGUUCCUGGAUAAGAUAAGCAUAUAUAAUACCAUCAUUAUAUUAUGUUGUAUACUAUUUUUAUAUAUAUCAGCCAUCAGCUGACCCACUUUGGCGUCAGUAUUAGCCUUUAAAAAACUGAUAACUCUGGACUACUCUAUUGUGUUAGAUAUCGGCGUGUGACUCAUCUUCGGUCUGUGCGUGUCUUGCCCCCACGCCGUCCACCAUCCUCCUGGCCAUCAAAGAGCUGAUUGUCCCACACUCAGAGGAACAAAGUGUUGAAGCGUGGCCUCGGGUGUCUCCGCUGCCCGUCUGUGCCACUCUGAGAGAAUGUGGACUAUUUUCUUCCCAUAGCUUUCACACAGACCCACAGUUAUCAGCAGAGGGGCGGCUCUUUGAAAUGAAGCUGCCUCAGUCCCAGAUCCUCAGUCUUUGGACUUGGUUUUUAUUCUAAUUCAUUACAGCGCUUGUGCAGGUCUCCAGACUUCAGCCAGCACACACUAUCAGUGUGAAGACUGUAAAGUGGGGAUUUCUCUGCAUACAAUGUCCCCUGUAUGUAUCGUGCUCGCUGUGACUCUGACAGGACGGCUCUCAUGCGUUCAUGCUUUCAUGCUUUCGUGCCUCAGAUUCCUGAUAGAGGCUCAGAGCGGCUGUUUCUGUGCACUGAAUAGGAAGCAUUCACAGCGUGCAGACCCACUCUGAAACAGAUUACAGCUGAUAGAAAGACAGAUGACCUCCAGGCUGCAGGCACGAGAGACUUCACUGCUGCGAGUGUUCACUGCAGAAAAAUCUGGUUCUUUCACUCUUACAUCUCAUUUUAAUGCAGAUAUUUGAGUUUAUUUGGUUUCACUUCAGCUGAGGGGCUUUUUACUGUGUCUGCGCUGUGAGAGAAAUCCAUUCAUCAGAGUCAUAUCAUUUUUGUUUCUGAUCUUUGACCUCAGCUAUGAAAUCGCUUUUGUAAAGAGACUGUCUGUGCAGAAACCCCUCACUCACUCUGUACAUCUUUAUAUAUAAGUGUGUCUGUCAGGCUUUUCCACCAUCGUCACGUAGUGAGUCUUUUUAUUCUCCUUUUGUACCCUCAGUGUGGUUGACAGACAGCCCUGGAGUUGGUCUCUUUGACUUUCUCUCCUGUGUGACAGUAGCUUUACAGUGUUUUACUGUAAAUACUUCACCCUCUUCCUCAGCAGCUGAUGGUUUUAAUUAAUUUUAAUGGUUUUGGACUGCGGUGACCAUUCAGGGAUGAACUGUGUAGUUUGAAUAUAAGGUGACCCUGGUUCUUAGACAUUGGAAGCUGCUUUUUUAAGAUAAAAUGCUUUUUGUUGUUGUUGUUUUCAAAGAAAAACUGAUUUAUUGAGUAAGUCUGAUUGAAACUGGACUGAGUUGAUUUUUGUGUACAGUAGUAGGACUAAAGGUCCUUACACACCAGGCACGAAUUCGCCAGGCUAAUUAUUCGCCUUUUUUUAAAACAGCAUAAAGUCAAUGCAAGCUUCCACACCGGCGGCGAUUUUUCUGCGGGGCGAAAAGCAUCUUUUAUUUUUUCGCUCUUGUGUCAAAUUUUUCGGAGAUUCGCAGGCAAAUAUCUGGACCUGCUAGACCUCUGGCCAAUCAAAAGUCAUGUUGUUGAUGACGUCACAGACCCAUGCGGCUGCAGUUCACACGACAGACACCACCACUGGCACCAAGAGCAACGAUGGGGGAGAGUGUGUACCACAGAGUGGUCACCUGGUGUGUAUAAGCGAAAGCGAUUUUUCGGACCGGUGAAUAUUUUCGCAUUUUCGUCUCACUUUUUCGCUUCGCUCUGCAAAUUGGCUGGUGUGUAAGGACCUUUAUACUGUGGUGUGGUAUGAGUUAGCUCCUGCAUGUAAACACCUCAGUCAGACCUGAACGUUCUGAGCAUGCUCACAUGUCGAACCCUUACAGUAAACAGCAUAAAUGUGAUAGAAAGUCGGGUGGGAAACAAAACCUCUACAGAAGAAGAAGACGAAGAAGAAGCUGUGCUAUCAUACAUGUGAAAGAGAGGGAGUCCGGUUAGAGUUCCUAAUCAUGACUGUUAACGUUGACUGCAACAAACAGUUAACAUUUAUCAGACAUCACCUCGGUUUAGUCUUUGCCACCAACAUCUAUCCGGAGGAGUUUAUGAGCAACAAUGAGACAGGAGGAUUUGCACUGAUGGUGACAAUAAACACUGUGACUUUCAACCAUCUGAGCCCAUUACAGGAACCGCUGCUCAUAUUUAAGAGGACAGAUUAGAUUUACAGUGGACAACAUAAAAUUGGUUUUAGAUGCCUGACAGUCCACCUUGAACAACAUUGUCUUGUCUCGUUAAUGAAAAUAAAACCUGUGAUUCAUUUUUAGCUCGUCAUUGUCUCGCCUGCGGUGGGAAAAAAAGAGUUGUUUUUUUCAUGUGCACAGUUGCUUAAUCCAAAUCUCAUGAGUCCUUACACAGUCAAAGGUCGUGAUUCGGAUUAAAUUUAUCCAGGGUGACUGCUGUGAACAUGAUUGUUUCUGCUGUAAAGUUUAACAUGGAGCUCUAAGAGGACUGACUCACAGUAGGACACUGCCUCUAGUGGACACUUGAGGAACUGCAGUUUUUGAUGUUUCUGAGCUCGCUUCAUUGUUUCUCAAGGGUCACGGCUGUGUCCGAACCCUUCGACUUAGGGUGGAUUAAAAAAUGAUCCAGAAUUAGAAAGAGAGUCAGAGGGAUGUCAGAGUGUGAGGAGGAGCCUCUCUGUGGUUAAUAACUUCAUUAACCCUGUCAGCUCGCUGCUCUGCUCCAGCGCCUGACACACACACACACACACACACACACACACACACACACACACACACACACACACACACACACACACACACACAGAUACACACUUACUGAUGAGCUGAGAGUGUGUGUGUGUGUGUGUCAUUUAGCUGCUCAUUAUAACAGAAAGUCAUCCCUCUGAAUCCAGAGCUCCAAACACAGACACUCCAACCUCAGUGAGAUUAUUUCUAUGUUCAUGAAUCAGAUCAUAAAUACUAAUAUACUAAUGUGUAAAUGAGCUAAUGGUUAUUUAUGACACACGCACACACGCACGCACACACACACACACACACACACACACACACACACAGGAACACUGUAUUAGACUGGGGCUGGGACAGAGUUUUAACAAAGACUUUGAAACAGAAACAGAAAUCUGGGAGCAGCAGAUCUGUGCUGAAACCUUCAGACAUCAGGGCACGUUUUCCAAUUCAGCACGAGCUGCAGGCUGCAGACAAAGGGAUCAUUGAUACGCACACACACAGACACACACACACACUCAUACAGCAGCAUAAUAGGAUCGGUGUGUACCAAUAUGACAUUCAUUUCCUGUGAUUGUGUCGCUGCGUCAGAGAUUUGAAACCUGGAAUUCUUUUGUUUCGUUUCAGAUGUGUCACAUGGCUGUGUCAGCGCAUGUGCGUGCGUGCGUGCAUAUGUGUGUGUGUGUCUGUGAAGGCAACCUUAAACUGAAGUCUCAGACGCCAGUGUUGAAUGUUUAUCUGCUGAUUAUACCCAGUCCUCUUCAAGGAGGAUUCAGAUUUCAAGGAGGAUUCAAGAUGGACAGACUGUCUUCGACACAGAAACACCUGUCAGAGUGUCUUUGACCUUGAAUUGUGGGUAAAGACACUCAGUGAAAAACUUCCUGUUUCUCCACAUCCAGACCGGCUCUGACCCACAUCAGUUAAUCCUGAAUGAAUGCUCUCUGUUCUCGGCGGUAUGUACGCCACAUUUAUAGGUCAGCAGGACAGAGGCCGCUGUUGUCCAGGGCGCCGGUCAGAGAGGGCAGGGGGCAGGUCACCCAGUGUGUGUGAGUGUGUAGAGAGAGAGAGUGUGUAUGUGUGUGUGUGUGUGUGUGUGUGAGUGUGUGUAGGUGUGAGGAAUGUGCAGCAGGAUGGCGGGUACAGUGUGGUCAGCAAACACAAUGUGACGACUGUUCAGCAGAUAUCAGAAGAGACAAGGUGCACACAUCACUUCCUGUCAAACACCUCUGUGUAAGAAGGAGAAAAAAGACAUAAAAGUAUGAACGAGUGUUUCCACCAGUGAAACAAAAAGAGGGAAAACUGGGAUUUAAUGGAGGAAAUUCAUGAAUAUUUAGUCACAAUGAUAGAAUACAAAAAAACUCAAAUAUGAGAUAGAAAGUCAAACCUACCAGAUGAAAUUGUGAUAUUUACUUAUUGUUUCAGUGUGAAUCCCUAAAGUUGCAUCAUCUUGUUUUCGAGGCUGUCCCAAAUAGAAAAGGAUAAUCAGUCAUAAUAAGUCAUUAUGUGAAAAAAAGCCAUUUUUAUGAAAGGAAAAUUCUGAACUGUGGGUGAAACAGUGUCUCAUGAUAAAAGAUACUGGUAAAAAGUCAUAACUAUGAAAUUAAGCCAAAUUUCGUACUUAUCACUUAUCUCAUCAUUUUGACUUAGUACAUCAUAUUUUUGAUUUUUUUUAAUGUUCUCAUUUGGUUUGUUUUUGGAAUUUACUUAACUUAUCAUGUGGUCGUUUCAGGCUCAGGACAAAUAUGCGUUUAAAAUGUAAAAUCAUCUUUAGAACUGUCUGGAAUAGUAAAUGUUCACUUCAAAUUUGAUGCCAGUAACACAUUUCAAUUAAGUUUAUGUUCACCUAGGGCUGGGCGAUAAACUAAAAAUUUACCUAUACCGAAAUUUGCGACAACAACUGGCGUCAUUUUUCCCAUGUCAAUAUAGAUGGUGUCAAGAAAAUUAAUAAUAGUUGGUUUUGGAUGUGUGUAGGUAGGCUAUGGUCUCAGGUCCCUUUAAGACACUGUCCUACGUUGGAGACAUGACUCCACCCCAUCCAGUCUAUAACAAAGAGGGAAAGACAGGUGAGGAGAUGGAGGACGGUUCAAAAGUUGUAGCGGCUGGAGGGGCGGCUGAAGUAGACAAAGUUAAUGUGGGAGAGGGUGAGCAGCUUGUGGAGUAGUUAUCAUCCGUUUAUGGUUGUCGAGGUGAACUGCUGAAUAUAUUGUGGUAUUGAUUUGAGGCCAUAUCGCCCAGCCCUAUGUUCACCAUCGUGUGUCCUCAGCUCUCUGUCCUUGUUAUGGUGUCAGGAUGCUCCAGAUGUUUUCAAUGGGGGACAGGUCAGGACUGCAGUCAGACCAGUUUCUCAGCAGGACUCUUCUACUACAGAGCCAUGCUGUUGUAAUCCCUGUUGUCAGAAUGUGGUUUGUCAUUGUCUUGCUGAAAUAUGAAGGUCUUCUCUGAAAAAGUCUUUGUCUGGAUGUCAGCAGAUGUUGCUCCUAAACCUGUAGAUAUUAUUCAGCAUAAAUGGAGCCUUCACAGAUGUAGAAGAUUCAUGGCCAAGACAAGUCACUCUUGUCACCUUCAAUGUUCCAAUCAAUGAUGAUUUGAUUUUGAGAGUAAAGCUGGAGAUAAAAAGUUUGUUUCUUGUUGAACUUUUGUAUUUGCCUUGAGGAUCAGUGAGAUUUCAAUUGAGUUUAAACCUCCUCUGUGAGCUGCAGAGCUGUGGGUGAGUUCAUGUUCAGCUCUCGAUUUUUGCAGCAGUGUUUUAAUGCACUGUCAGCCUCUCACAGCCAGGGGGAGAGAGAGAGGAAGGGAGAGGGGGUGAGAGUGGGUCAGACGGGGGGAGGGCAGAGUGUAUUUGCAUGAGAGGAGCUCCUCAGGCCGAGGUCCAGAGUGGGCCGAGGGAAUAUCAGGAUCCAAGAGGAAGUGACGUGUCGGGUUACACACUCCUCCCUCUUUUUUUCCUCAGGCAGAGAGAGGGAGGGAGAGAGGGAAGGAGAGAGAGAAGGGGCGAGCGAGGUAGGAGUAAGUGUUGGAGCAGCAGCAGCCGUCUCAUUCCUGCUGUGUGAGAUCACGGAGUGGCAGAAUGUGUCGGGAUCUGCUCCAAUCCUGAAAACCAAAGCCAAGAAGACGGGAAAAGAGGAGAGAGGGAGGAGGAUUCAAGGACAGAGGAGGGAAGGAAGGGAGGAAGGAGUGUAGGAGGGGAAGUAGAGGAGUUCUAGGAUCUUUUGGGAUCUACUUUACGGUGAAGGAUCUUGUUGGCAGAGUGAGAGAGGGGCUGAGGUCCAGCCCUGCCCCAGAUCAGCCGACUGACCGAGCGAGCGAGGAGCUCCUCACUGCAGCAACACAACAUGAACUAUCUGGUGAGUGUGUGUGUGUGAGCUGUGAGAGGCUGUUUGUGAGCUCCUUCAGUGUGUGUGUGUGUGUGUGUGUGUGUUUUAACAGGACUCACUCCCAGCUGUGUGAGGGGGGAGGCAGGGUGAGGGCAAAGAAAGGGAAGGGGGAGGAGAGGGAGAGUGGAGUUCACAUUUUCUCUGCAGAUUCCUACCUUUUGUUGCUGCUCAGAGGGGAGUGUGUGAGUGUGUGUUUAUGCAUGUGUGUGUUUGUGUUUGUCAAGAGGGGAUUAGAGUUAGUGGACACACACACACACACUCUCUCUCUCACACAUACACACACACACUGGUCAGGGAAACUUCACUUUCCUGUGGAGGAAUGUGGAGGGACAAAAAGGACAGAGUUGCAUAAAGAGAAAUCUCAUAUUUCCAGAGAUCUUGUGUUUGUCUGUGUUUGUGUUGAUUGUACAGAGUUUAUUUUUGGUUUGUGGAUGUAUAAGUUGUUAAGUUGUGGUAUUUUUUUGUGGUUUUCCACCAAAUGUUGAUAAAAAGUGAGUCAGUGUUUGUGCAGAGGCCUCCUGAAGACACUGCUCAGUUUUCUUCUAAACUUUGCUCCUUGAAUGCAUCGCUGCACAGACUGAGAGCCCAGCAGAGCUCUGAGUUAUUACAGCUCCAGGAAGAAAAAGAAAGAAAGAAAAGAGAGAGAGAGGGGGGCAGAGAGAGAGAGAGAGAGAGAGAGAGAGAGAGAGGACCGUGGUGGUGGUGUGUGUUUGUGCUGACUCAGAGGAAAGUGCAGAGAGAUGAAGGUUUUAUGGCUGGAGGACAGAGCGGAGUGAUCAGUGGGCUGAAAGAGAAGAAAAAGAGGAGAGCAGAGAGAGAGAGAGGACGAAGGGACGAGUGUGAGGAGUGAACGUGACGUAGAUUAAGUGAAAGAGCGAGAAAAGAGAGGGAGGAAAGAUGGAGAGAAACUGGCAGCAGACUGAAGUCCUUUGCUGCUUUUGUUUGAGAGCUUUCUGCGCAGUGUCACAGUGUGUGUGUGUGUGUCUGUGUGUGUGUCUGUGUGUGUGUGUGACUGCACAGUGAGGAAUGUGGCACACACAGUCAAGCAGUGUGUGUGUGUGUGUGUGUGUGUGUGUGUGUAAGCAGUAAUUACACGCAGUGAUUAGUGUGUAAUUAAUAUAAAAUAACGCUGCUGUGUAGAAGCAGCCAUGUCAAAGCUCUCCCACUGACUGCACAUCGCUGCCAUGUUGUGUCACCUCAUUAUUUGUUUAUUCAGGAAUAAUUCACUUUGCCGGGAAUGUAAUUGGAUAAAUGUGGAGCUCAGUAAAGCUGCUAAUUACUGUUUGUCGCUUCAGAAGCUCCAUUAAUUCAGAAAUGAAGAAAAGCAGACGGAGAAAGAAAAGAUCUGUCGUUUUUUUUUUCCAACAUCACAAGACUGAGAAAUUUAAAAAGGUUAAAGGGAUAUUUCAGAAUUAUUAAGUGAGCUUGUUACAUGAGUACACGAGGAGACAUAUAUAGUUCUUGGAAGUGGAUGUCAGACAGUUCGGCCCCUUUACUGAGAAACUGCAGAGAGACCCCGCACACAUGCUAGGCUACAGUACACUGUGACAUCCUUACAGACAACCUUACAUCAAAAAUACUGAAGUGUCCCUUUAAAAAGGUACAUGCAGGCUUCUUGUCAGGCUAGUUAUCUACGUUUAGGUCCAGGUCUUUACAUUUCCUUUAAUGUCCUGAAAUACUCCCAUGGCUGUAACUGUAGAGAUGCUGUUUCAGUCCUUUGUCUCAGACCUGGAGCUCUCUGGGCUCAUGAUACUCUCACGUGUGUCUCUCUGUUUCAAACACAAACUUAACUGUAAGAGUUUGAUGUGAUGUAAAAACAGGAUUAAGGUGUCUGGGUUAAGGUACUGUCUAGCUUGACUGUUUACGUUGUAAUGUGUCAUCUCUACUCGACUUUAGAAAGUCUGUGGAAAUGCUCUCCAGGUUUUUCUUAAAGACGGCAGAGACGUGGAGUCUGAGAGGUGAGGAGCAGUUAACGGGGCCAGGAAACAGAGCAGGUUUAAAAUAGACUGAGAGGAUUCCCCUCAUACCACUGAGAAGUGUGUGUGUGUGUUAGAGGAUAUCAGAUUCACUCAUUCAUACAAAGAAUCACCCUUACAGUUUUCCUCCCGAUUAUAAAAGUCAAUGUUUCUGAUUUGGAACCGACACUAAAAGAAGGUUUGUGUCCAUCUGCAGACUGUCAGUGUUUCUGAUGGGACUGAAACCUCAUAAUGUUCAUGAAAAGAAACUGAGGUGCCUCCAAGUAUACGCUUGUUAAAAAAGGACCGUCAGAUUUAUGGCUUUGGUAGUUGAUGUCCAUGAGUGUGAGUUUAGUUUCCCGAUGGAGCUGCACAUGAGGCUGAGUCUAAAAAACAGCAUCGGUACAAAAAUACUUCUGUUCUUUCCUCUGAGGAAUACGCUGACCUUUAAAGCUUCACCUGAUUCCAAGCUUUUUAGUUUGACAAAUUCAAACUCAGAUGAUUUCCUGUACAGCAGGCCUUUAGUGUUCAUCACACAGUCCUGUCGUCCUACGUUAUCAGACUCUAAGCUGAUCUAAAGGUAGCAAAGGGUCAAAGAGAAGCCCUCUAAACCCUGCAGAGGACCCCCGGGGAAUCACAGAUUUUUUUUCUUUUUUUGGAAAGCAGCUUUAUUCAGUAUUUUUACGGCUUUCACAAAUACUCUGUUAUUUAGAGAAGGAGCCCUCUGCACAGUAGUCAACGAGGUUAAAUCUGAAACAGCCUCCAAACAGUCUCCAUGAUAUUAAGCUGCUGCAAAAAUAGAAAAAAUUACAACUUUGAAAAAGAAAAUAAAUAAAAUCAAAAACCAAAGUACAAAAAAAGCAAAGAAAAGAAAAGAAAACAAAUUACUCACCCAAAAUGGAAAUUUCAAAAGCAAAUGUAAAAAAUUGCAAGAAGUGCAAAAGUUUUUAGAAAUACAAAAUUCCAAAACAAAUGUGCCGAUAAACUAAAAUUAAAAAAAAAAAGAAAAAACGUUGAAAUCAUUGCCAACAGUAAAAAAGUUUGGUAGUCUUGAAAGCUGUUGUCUCAUUUAUUGUGGAUAUAUAUGUGUCUUAAUUCCGGCUGUUGCAGUUAACAGUGCUGUUGAUGACCAUCUCUUUGAUAAGCCUUCUGUAAUACCCUGUAAUUCAUGGGUUCAGUCUUUAGGGCCACUGUGGUUAUUAUGCUGGUUGUCACCUGCUAUUAAAGGAAAGAAAGACAAAGCAGCAGCAGCUGCUUCUAGCAUGCUAGCUGUAGCAUCCUUAUGUACGAUGGUUGCAUGCUUUUAUAACAGAGAAACUUUUAAUGCAGAAGCAGCGAUGGAGCUUCUACCUGCUCAGUACUUUCAGCCUAAUUCAUUCACUAAGACCGACUGUGAGUAUCAUGCGCAUCCUUUCAAAAUAAAAGCACACUUCAUGAUCGAAGAAAUAAACCAACCUAACCCAUAGACAAUAGUAGAAUCAUAUAAAUAUUUCAGCCUGUUACGACAACUUAACAUUUACAUUUAUUUGCAGCACAGAGUUGGAAUAGUUUUCCAUGUAUGAGUUGAACUGUGUAAAAACCUAUCUGCAUAUUUGACUCUGUUACACAAACGAAAGACAGUAAAUUUAUAGGACGGCUCAUCUAUAAAAGCCAGAAAGGUAAAAAUAAAUGUUUUGUACCUGAGAAGUUUCGGCUACCUCGCUCUGCAGCCUUCAUCAGAGAUGCCACAUGAUGAAGGCUGCAGAGGUACAAAACGUUUAUUUUUUUAACUUUUCUGGCCUUUAUAGAUGAACCGUCUUAUAAAUUUAUCAUCGACAGGCUGAGUGAACCUCUUCAGUGUGAAAGACAGUAAAAAUGUCAAAAUAAAAGCAUGACAAACAACCAUUAAAUGAGUCUGUCUCCAUGGAAAAAAAAGCUUUAAUCACAGGGAGGGUAAUGCUGGGAAAACUUUGAACCUCACUGAAAAUGGGUCAUGACAUGUCAGAGAGUCAGUGUGUUUCUUACUGAUAUUAACAUGCCGCUCCAUCAGUCUUUAGUGGGGCUUUAGUGGUUUCCAGAGGUAUCACAGGAACACUGUUAAUGUCGUUCUUUUGGCUGCAGUGAUCAUGAGGAGAGAUUUUGAUAUUGUUUCAGCCUCGAUAUGAACAUAAAUGUGAUUGUUUGUCCUGCUGCGUGAAUCUGCAGACUGACCGAGAGUCUGUGAGCCUCAUUGUGUCAGAACAGAUCUCUGUGCCCGAGCAUUUCUCCUGACUCACCCCCUGAGUCACCCACGCUACGGCAGGAAUUCCCCCCGUCUACUUCAGGAUGCACACACACACACACACACACACACACACACACACACACACACACACACACACACACACACACACACACACACACACACACACACACACACAGGUGUCAGUCAGUAAAUAUUCUGACUGAACGUUCGUGACGGUUCGUCCUGAACAGAUCUGUCCUCGUUGUGACUCAGACAUGCCAGAGAGCUUGACUCAGAGCUCACCAUGACCUUUGACCCACAUACCAUCAGGCUGUGGGAUGGUCCCCACAGGAAGUGGACCGUUUUGUCUCAGUGACCCCUCGGAAUAACCGCAGAGUCUCAGAGUCUGAUGCUUUUUUCUCACAUCAGAAAACUAGAGCAGAGUGGUCCUAUAAAUGUGUCAGGUGUUGGCAGGCCGUGUGUGUGUAAGUGUGUGUAGGUGUGUGUGCGUGGGUGUGUGUUCAGAAUAGAAACUAAAGCUGACAUGAUGUGGGAGGUUUUACACUACUUCUGAAAUUUUAUGAGACAUCAUGCACUGAGUCUUUAGUUUGUGUUUAAAGUUGUUCUCGUUCACCAAACUAAACCAAUGAGUCCUGAGCUCUGUUUGCUGAUUUGCGGAGAACAGCAGACAUUUUUCCUGGAUAAUGACCAAAUAAGUUGCGCAGAGUUUCUCAAGAUGGAAAGAUUUUUAAAAAGAUACGACUUGAAAAAGUUUGUCAGUGAAAAUGUGCGUGUAUAAACCCACCACAAGCUCAGCUUUGUGUUCCUGUCAUGGAUUUCCAUUUCAAAGUGUCAGAGCCCUGGAUUUAUGCCUGCAAAGGUUGACAAGCCUGCACCACAUCAGCAGAGAGGAGUCAUCUCCUCUGCAGCCCUGCACACCUGGACACUUAUUCAUUCUCCGCCUGUGUUACUUCUCCUGCUUGCUGUUUGCAGGAAGGAGUUGUUAGAGGAUAAGAUGACCCAGAAUUCAAAAACUGGACCAAACUGAGGACUAAGAGGGGAGCUCUGUCCAUGCAGGCUGUUCUUGAAUUCACUCAAGUCCUUCAGAAGCACAGAAAUGUUGAGGUUGAGUUGAACAGAAUUCAAAAUCCCUACAUUUACCUAGUUUGUAGUUUUUGAACAAUGGAGGGAAAAAAAGACACUUUCUUCUAGUGCUGGACGAUAAUUCGAUAACAAUAUAUAUCGAUCGAUAGACGUGUGGUGCGAUAGAAAAAAAACGGGUCGAUAUAAAGUUCGAUAGAAAAACACAGUUUCCCUUUCUUUUUCAUCAUAGCCUAUCAUGUAGCUUUUACUACAGUCAUUACUUCCUCCCAACCAAUCACAAACGCAGAACCAGGUACGCUACGGCACCAAGCCCAGCCCCUCUCAAACCACAACAGACAGCACGUGUAUUAGAAGAAAUGAUACAGCAAGGAGAAGCGGAGGACAUUGUCCCGAAAAAAGGUUUCAGUAGUUCACCAGCAUGGCAAUGUUUUGGUUUUUAGAAGUCUGACAAGAAGCAAACAGCGGUCGUUUGCAAAAUUUGCAGAGAAUUAGUAAAAACCAAGUCUGGUAACACAACCAACUUGUUUUACCAUCUAAACCGAUCGCACCCGCAGGAGUACGAGCUGUGUCGGCCGCGCCGCGGCUCCACGUCAUCGUCGGAGGAAUCCUCUGGAACCGCUGCCAGCACCAGCACAAAGCAUGUGAAGCAGACCAAACUGGACUUCGUUUCUUGCCAAAAUACGACAAAGCGUCGAGCGGCAUAAGGACAUCACCCAUGCAGUAACAUGCUCCAUAGCGAGGGACAUACUGCCAAUAACUACCGCUGAAAAGCCUGGCUUCGACCAGCUUCUAGCCACUCUCGACCCGCGAUAUGAAGUGCCCGGCCGCAAGUAUUUCUCAAACACAGCGCUUCAGGCAUGAAAAUGGGUCAGGGGUUGAAAAGGUGAGAAGGGUGCGGAGGAAAUACGUUAGAAUGAGCUAAUAUUUUACAAAGACGCGAGUAUUUGGAUCAUGGCUACCAGCAGGGGGUGCAUUCGGCAGGGGUGCAUUCUACGACACAACACUGGCGUGGAUAAGUCCUGCUUCUCGUGCUUAGUUUGUGUAUUAAGUCAAUCACAUGAUAAUUAAAAAAAAUAAAUCUCCCGACCCCGGGAGAAAUAUUUCAGUGUUCAGACACCAGGCUGUGGGCAGUUUCCCACACAGUUAAAACUGGUAGUAUGCUAUUCCCACCUAAAGCUAUUCUGUUUAUUUAUAUAUUUGUUUGUUUUGUUUAUUUUCAUCAAAAGACUAUUUAAAUAUUUAUUUAUCAGAUUUUCUGGUCACUUUAGUCUUUAUGUUUGUCAGUAUUUACUGACGUCACUCAGGCCACUUAAGUUGAUUUCUUUUUUUUUUUUAGUUCUUUUUUAAAAAACUUUCAGUUGUGGUAAAAUAAAAAAGGUGGUUGAAAAAAGGUUUGAAUUUGAAUUCAGUGCUUGUGUGUUCUUUAUUAAAAAUAGGUCAUUAAGCAAUAGCAUAAAACAUCCAGGGCUGCAAUUAAAAUAUAUGUUAAAUAAUUAUAAUAAUUAUAUCGAUAAUUAUCGAUAUCGAUCAAUAUGAUUUAUUUUUUAUCGAUAUGCUUUUUUUCUAUAUCGUCCAGGCCUACCUUCUUCUGUCUGUUACUGUGGACAUCAGCAGCUCUGCGGUGUCACACUCAGCAGGUGAAAACGUCAGGGCUGCAGGACGCCCGCUGUUCAUGCACAGAAUAUUUGAUGAUGACUCCAUUUUCAGUUUAGGUUUCUGCUGAGUGACCCCGGUCUCUUUUAAAGCUAUAGAGUCUCUGAGAGUCACUGAGAUUCAGAUGGAGGGUCGUCUUCUUGCUCUGGACUGACUCAAAUCACACAGGUCGGAGAACCUUUUGGGACUCUCACUCCAGUCAGUCCUUAACCACUGAGUGCUCUGUACCUGGCCCAGAUGAGGUGCACUUCAUUGGCUCUGGCAUGGUUGAAAUGGGUGGACUUUGGUGUAGUAUGCCUAAAGUGCCAGAGUUUAUUUUUACUUAAAUGCUGUAUACCACAGGGACACGGAGGGACGGUGGAAACAAUAAGACCUGUCAGGCAGAAAAAAACAUCUCUGUUAAUAAGGAGGGCAUGAUCAGCCAUACAGUCUCUGAUCAGGAUGAAGUUUAGAGACUUUUACUCUACACCGAUAUCAGGAGGAGGACUCUGCUGACUGCUUUUUCUCUGUCUGCCAUCAGAUAGUUUACUUUAUGACAUAUGGCUUAUACCAUAAGAAAUAAAGCAUACAGCAGAACAAUCAGUCCGGUCCAUAACCUUAAUACCAGUACAUGAUCAGGGAUCUCUUCUCUCUCAGCGCAGCAGGAUGAUCUGUCCUUCAGUACAUGGACCUAUUGAUGAUUUAGUCAGUGAUCACAACAUGACAAUGUAAUUGUUGGGUCAUAGUGUAGCUGUUCUUGCUCAUUUAAUUGCAAAAUAGUUAUUCAGAGUGUCUGUGUGAUAACUCAUGAUCUCCUCUGUACAGCUGUGUUUGUAAAUUAAGGAUAUCAUAUGAUGAAGAAACGCAUGUUUUUAUGACAGAGCAUAACAAAUGUUGUGAUGUUGCAGACUUUACAGCCUGUUUUCCAAGGCUAACCUGUGCUCAUGCUGCUGUAUUCAGUGCACACCUGUGUUUUCUUACCUGUGGUUUGUCAUAAUACAGUAAAACGUGGUGCAUGAAUCAGCUGCUGUUUGUUGUCCUGCAGUCUGAGCUGCAGCUUUCUGCAGGUUUCUGAGAGAGAGAACAGAGUCAGAGCUGAGGUUGGAGCGGAUUCAUCCCCCUGAGGUUUCACCUCCACAAACACCUCCACACUUCACACUGCUGUUUUUACCUGUAGCUGAGGUUUUUACCUGAAUCUGUUAUUCUUUACCUGUAGCUGCUGUGUGUCUUUAGCUGUUGUUAUCAGUGCAGGAUGAAGGCUUCAGCUCCUCAUCAUCAGUGAUCUCAGGGUGUGUCUGCAGUUCUUUGUUACCUGUGUGAGUGCAGGGCAGUAAAGCCUUUAAACACAGGUGUGUGCAGCUUUGUAGCUCUAUUGGUGUGAAUGACACACACUUAUUUCUGAAGGUGUUGGGUCACACUCUUUUUGCUGUUUUCAGUCUGUUCAGAUGUGUAAACGUAUCUACUGACUCCCUUCACGCUGGUGUCAAACAAAAGGGAAAACGCUCAGCAGAGAUUUGUGUUGUAUGUUUUCUUUUGUGUUUUUCUUUUUCUUUUUUGUUUGAAAUCGAUCUUCUUCUUUCGCGCGUAGGGAGUGUCUGUUUUGACCCAGCUCUCUACCUGUAACAGCGUUGAGUGGCUUUUCACAAGUUCCUUGCAGGAUUUUCAGUCAACAGGUUAAGCAACAGUGAGCCACGCCUCUCUGCUGCAAGCUACACAAUCUGCUGCUGUGUGUGUUCAGUGUGUGUGUGCGUGCUGUUAGUCGUAGCCUGCAGGCAUGAAUUCCUCUGUGGGAUCAUCGCCUGUUAAAACAGAGACUUUACAAACUCCAUCAGGACUCAAAGCUGCUGCUGUUCAGAGGAUCUCGUUGAUCCUAAACUGUGAGAAAGAGCAGAAACUUUGUCAGUGUGGAAGAGUGUGAAUGAAUGAACAGUCUGGAUUUAAUGUUGUCUGUAUUUAAGUCAUUUCUGAGAGCAGCUGCUCCUCCUCCUCCUCUGAUACCAUCAGUCAAAGAGACAGAGGAGAAUUUUUUUUUUAUUUGUUAAAGAGGGACAGUGUACAUUAAUGAACAUUUUAAAAAGAUAAAAUGAAAAUGGACCCAAUAGUAGCCACAAGGCUAGUUUCCAUUGGUAGUCCCCCUGCCAGAAGGAACAUGGCGAUCUAAAAAGGUGGGAAAUCAGCAACUACAUAAAAACAUACAUAAUACACAAUAUUUACAACAUCAACAUUACCCACCCGAAAGCACGCCAACCAACUAAUAAGAACAAAUUUGGUUUUCAAGUAACCACCUCUUCAAAUUUACUUUAAAUGCUCUGUAUGAAUUGGACUCUCCUAUGUUUUGUGGUAUUGUGUUCCAAUCCUUGCCUGCCCUACAAGAAAAAACUGACUGACCAAAUACAGAUUUUCUAAAUGGGAUCUCGCAGUCUCCUCUGGCCGCCCCUCUAGUUCUCAGAUUUACAGAUGUAGAGGAACAUACUGGAGUAUUAGCUUUGUUUACCUGCUGGAGCUGAAAACCUCAUUGAAGAUUUAUUUCAGACAGUUUCCUCUCAAAGCUCCGCACUAAAAAAUGAACACUGAUGAAACUUCAGAGAAGACCUUCAUCUGAGUUUACCUGUGCACAGGUGACCAAUCACAGCUCUGACCUUCAGUCAGACACAAGGAGGGUUUCUGAAGCUGAUCUGAACAGAGCAGCAGCUCCCCAUCCUCUGCCUCAUCAGAUAGGAGGAGUAAAGAUGCAGACUGAGUUACAGGACUAUCAGCUGUUUCGAUAAAUGUCCACAUGAACUGCUCAUCCUCAGUUUAAUAUUCUCCCUGAAAAACAUGUCAUUGUAAAGUCUGAUCUGAAUAAUCUGGUUAUUUCCUCUGCUUAUUAAAAGCUACUUCAGGACUACAAAGACAUUAAAAUUGUUUUCACCAGACUGUGUCAGGUCCCUGUCAGUGAAAGCUCUAAGCGUUUCUCAAAAACGCUAAAAGCUUUUACUCUUUUAGGAUGAAAAACUUCACAGUCAUGAGUGGAGGUCUUCUCCCUAACCCUUUUAACUCUGUACUCAAACAAACAGUUUUUGACUUUAUGCUCUCAGCUCUCAGAGAAAUCUGAGUAUAAUGGGCUCCUGACAGAUACUUACAGAAAUGUGGGUAAAAUAAAGUAAAGCUUGGCUGACAUAAGAGGUCUGAGCUCGCUAAGUAAGGCUGUGAACUGCUGCAGAGGUCUGAGUCCUGCAGGAUCCAGGAUUCCUCCUGCUGCUCUACAAAUCAGCCGGGAGCUCCAAGAACAUUUCUCAACAAGGAGCUGACGUGCCAAGACAGGACAAGAGGAGGGAGAGAGAGAGAGGGGGCGAGAGAGGGAGAGAGAGAGAGAAAGAGAGAGAGCAGAAUAACACAAAGAGAGGAAGGAAAAACAGGAUCUCUGCUGCCGUUUGUUUUAUUUUUUCCUAUUCUUGUGAUGAAAUGCAAAAUAUCUAACGUCUGUGUGUGUACGUGAGUGGGAAUGUGUGUAUGUGUGCGUGUGUGUGUGUAAAUGUGUGUGUUGUGACACCUCAGGAAUGUGCUGUAAUAGGAGAGUUGUGUGUUUGUAUGUGGAGGCUGAGGAAUGCUGUAGUAAGUGGGUCUGUGUGUGUGGGUCUGUGUGUUACAGACAGGCCCAGGCCUGCUUCAGUAAUAGCAGUGACACACACACACCUGGACUCAAAAACAGAGGACAGAAUCUGCUGGUUUACGCCAAAAACUGGGAAAUAAAAAAUAAAAAAACUGAAAAACUUUAUUUAAAAAGACUUCAGCAGACAGAAACAAAGACAGAUCUCUGCCAGUGUAACGUGUUUGAGGAGAAAAGAAGAUACAGUGAAGUUUAACACUGAAGACAGUGAGAGAGGUUGUUGUUUUCUGUUGUUUUAAAGUUGUGUGUUCACACAUCCUUCAGAGUGUGAAGUUUUCCUGUUAGACAAAGAGGUAGAGAGUUUCUGGAGCUGGGACAUGACAUCUAAAUCAGUCAGUUAAAGCCACACUCAGUUUAUUUAUAUAUUGUAUAAAAGGUUCCUUUAUCAUUUUGGUCUGACUGAAACUGGACUUUAAAAAUACACGUUAGUCUGAUUGAAAUCACAAUAAAUCAAAUUUUUCAGUUUCACUGUUCAACAAAGAAUCAGUUAGUCUCCUGCUAAUUUCUGUUGGUUAUUUUGGUACAUAAUGAAAAAGAUCAUCUCGGAGUUGGCCCAAUAAUGAUGAGCUGAAAGAGGGGCAGACUUCCUCUUGGUCAAGAACUAGAUUCCUACCCGGUGCUUGUAUCCUGGAUUAAGGAUCAGAAUCUCAAAUUCAGAGUGUUUUUAGGGUUUUGUGUCUAUGCAUAAACACAGUCUUCAUAUAUAGACACAGCUUUACAUCCUCAACUUGAUCAUAAACUAGUAGCAGACUAUAUCUAUAUCUGUCAGACAGCUUUUUAUGCAUCAGCUGUUAAAUAAGAGAGGGGAUCUGAUGAUUUCCUGCUUCCUUAUUUUUCCAAACAGGUUCAAGUGAUUGUUUUUGUAGAUUUGUACAGUUUUAUUCCUGAUAACAAAACCACCACAACAUGGGCAGGCAGAGACCUGGAGGUUAUUGACCUGUUAUUCCGUGACAAUGUUUUACAGCCAUGUUCAUAUCUUCAAGAAAUAUUCAAUCUUUUCACCCCGAAGAGAUUUUCUCUCUUUUUUUUCAGAUCAGGCAUCAUAUCACAAAUCAUAAAGAUUGGAAUACUAUAAAAAUGCUCCAUCGAACAGAGAAACUAACUUUUAUUAGUCUAACUAAACAUCAGCAACCCAACAAAGAGCCUGCUCGUUAUUAAAUACACCAGACUAUACUUUCUAUCUCAAAAAUAAAUGGGAGCCUAAGUUAAAUGUUGUAAUUGAAGAUUAGAGUGGGGAACAAUAUGCACUUGAUGUCAUAAGAGUAUUAAUAGUAACAUGUGAAAGGAGUUUGAUUGGAAGAUGAAGACUUUAAGGUGUCUUCGGUGGUUUCUAAAUUUGCAGAUAACCCUGCUGCAAUAUACUGUUGGAGAGAGUGUAGGAUGGUUGGUGACCACUCACACAUAUUUUGGGAUUGCCCAGUGUUGCCUCCUUUCUGGACAGAGGUGAAGAGCAAGAUAGGUUAAGUUGUGGGAAAUUAUGUACUUUUCACUCCCAAGUCAGUUUCUUCUCGAUCUAACCCCUGGAGACAAGUACACCAGAGACCAAAAAUACCUGCUACAUAUAAUCUUGAUGACUGCUGAGAAAAGGAUGACAGUAAAAUGGAGGAAUUCAAUGGAGGAAUUCACAGUGGAAACAGAAUCUGAGCGAGGUGUAUGAAUGGAGGCUGCUCAAUUGCAGUUACGGUUGGAUAUCUUUGAGAAGAGAUGGUUCCCCAUAGCAACAUAUAUCUUUAGCUAAAGGGAUAUAUGAGGAUAUGUUAGGAUAAUGUUUUAACUAUUCACUUACUGCAUUAUUUUUCACGCAUUACAGUUGUGAAAAUCUUAUAACCUCUCUGCAUUGCUUUGCAAACAAAGGUGGUGUGCUUUCCUCCUUUUUUAUUCUGCACUUGAACUCUCAGUGUGAUGCAAAGUAAAGUACCUGAAAUAAAUCAAACAAACUCCAGCAAAUUUGUUAGAGAAACACACGGAGCAGAGGGAUGUCUGGUCUCUAAUGACUGUUUUCUGUUUUCUGGGUGUUUGCAGACUGACGGCUCUGCGUGUGUUUCUGCUGCAUCGUUGUUACCUCCUCCCUGCUCACAUGUGGCGUGUUUGGUAUCAUCACAGCGCUAAAACUCCUCACCGUCUGCUCACGUUUCUGCUCCAGCAGAGCGGCAGAUCCGACUCUCAGCUUAUGUUUGCUGUGCACCCUGAACAUAAAUCUGUUUCAGUAAAGUUUCUGUUUGACUGAGAAGACGAUCUGCACCAUGCGGAAUAAUCAAAAUAUUGCACUGACCAUAACUGCAGUGAGGUUUGUGAGACAGGAUUUCACUGAUCCUCUCAGCAGAUCAAUGCAAAUCUGGAUUCAAUGAAAGGAGGUCAGCAGCCUUUUAAACUGUUUCUACAGCACAGGCUUUAUGUGUCAGUGUAGCAGCAGAUACUCUUUUUAAAGGAGACCCAUUAUGCUGAACUUUAACACAGUUAUGAUAUUAAAUAUUGACAGUUAAUCUCCAUUAAGUCUCAAAACAAUGAGAUCGAAGGAUGAGUCCCCUGGCUUGUUUAAAAACAUAGUCACAACCUGUGUUGUCCAGUCAGACACGCCCACCUGUAGUUCAGUUCCUCCUUCCCUGUGCUCUUUGUUGGUUCAGUAUAUCUCUGAAGUUCCUCUCAGUCUUCUUUUGGUCCUGCAGAAAAGUCUCAGCCACUUUCUCUCUCCAAAGACGAAGGCUCCAGAAAACAGUGGGAAGUUUGGAGCUUUUUUUUUUUAAAGGCAUCAACAGACACAUUAUAGCCGUUAGCGCUCGCCACUUCACUCAUGACUGCUUUGGAAACAAAGACCAGUACGAGCUGGAUUUGAGUCUCAGCUGUUACUGAAACAUGGAGCUGCUCUACUGGAAGGACCUUUAUGAAGGUCAGAAACACAAGCCAUAACAGCAGCUGUAACUGCUAUAACAGGCCACAGCUUUUAGGUUGUUUCUUGACUGCAUGGCUGUGUAAAAAGUAACACCCCUAGAGCUAAAAUUUGGGUUUUCACAGAAAUGAGAUAAAUAAGGAGUUUUGGAGCUCCUAAUCAUGCUAAGAUGUAUCAGUAUCCCCUGUUCAAGGACAUCGAUAACAAAGGAAGUCUUUCCUUAUUAUGCCGAGCACUCACUCAGCUCUUAUCUUGAAGACAUUUCUGAACCUUCUCAUCCAAACCAGAACCACAAACGGAAGAACUGAACUUCUCAGUUGGAUUCACAUACCUGGAUAAUGUAACUGGGGAUAGAUGUCUCUGUCAUGUUCGUCUCAUUCUUAUUCAAUAUAGUCUGAGCGUUCUGAAUGUGCUCCACAGUUCAUGUCAGGCCUUGACCCUGAAGUUAAACAGCAUAAAUGCAUUGUAGGAAGACAGAUAGGAAAGAUGCUUCAGUAUCAAUCAGUUAGCCUCUUGCCUUUGUCAGCUGUUUUGGUGUAUGAGCUAGAAUGUGGACAAACCAACAGUGAUGAGUAUCACCAACGACUGUAGCAGAGGUGGACAUACUGAGUCAAUAAAUGGAUUCUGUCCUGGUGCUUGUAGACUGGGAUGAGGUUAGUAAUCCAGUCAAGUUGUCUCAUCGAGCUUUGGCUGCAGCUCCAUUUUACUGUGCAUGAACAUGACCAACACAAUUGAAAUGUUACUGACUCUACAGCUUGUUGUAUGGUUUUGUUCAGGAGCCUCCUGAUGCCAUUGUUUUUGAACAGUAGCAUUGAUUUAACGUCAUGUCCAGAUUGCAUACUGUGCAUGAGUAAGUGUACUGUUCCAGAGACUGUACAGGGCAAAGACAGUACACGAGAAUGAAGCACGAUAUGAAGCACUCAGACCAGUCGAACUAACUGGAUAUUAAGAGGGAAGUGCUCUCCGGCGAGGUAUUGAUUUCAUAGUGUUAGCACUCUCUGAGAAAAGUGAAAGUUGAGGUUGGAGGACAUGGAGCUGCUCAUGAGGAGGCUGAGAGGAGGAGAAAAGAUGGACAAAGACAUUGUUGAGGGGGGGGGGGGGGCUAUAAAGAUAGUUUUUACUCUGCUCUCUGCAGAAGGCUGUCUGAGAAACACACACACACACACACACAGGCACACACACACGUAGUCAGAGUCACUUCUCAUGGCAGGUUUAUUUGUCCUCAGGGGUCACACUGAAGGCAACAGACAAAGGACAUAAAAGCAAUUUGCACACACACACACACACACACACACACACACACACACACACACACACACACACACACACACACACACACACACACACAGAUGAGUGACCUGUCUGCUCGGAGCUCUCACACCAGCAGCUGUUCACAUUAUUUCCUCCUCAGUGAGCGUCUCUCUGUGUCUCCUCUUCCUGUCUCAGCUUCAGCUGUUUGACUCCAUUUUUUUAUUUUAUUGUUGAAUUUUUUUUCCGCAAAAACUGAAAUUUAAAUGUAAUGUUUUAAGUCUUUAUCAUACUCAAUGCAUAAUCACAUCAAAAGGUAACCGUUUCAGAUAUAAAUGCUGGAGAUCCUCUCAAGUAUUUUGAAUCACUAUGAAGAAGUGAAUGUCUGGAACAGCAGCUCUUCAGAAUUAACUUUUCCUUCAAUAUCAAAAGCACUUAAGUAACUUUAAAAUCACAUUAAAUGAUUGAAGAUGAUACAAUUUUUAGUCUCCUGACUUUUUGGUUCAUUUAUAUUUGCAUCAUAAAAAGUUUAUUAAAUACUUUUUUAGUCAGAAAACAGUCAAACACAGAGAAACAUCUACCUGCCUCGAUCCAGACGACUUCAUUCAACUUUAGCGUCAUUAAGUUGGUUCUGGUUGUCCUGGCACUGGUUGUCAUGGUACCAGUACAUUGUUGAGGGCCUGAAGCUGCUGCUGCUGCUGGGAUUGGAGAGGUCUGUGUUAAUGUGAUUAUCUCCCGCUGAGCUCUCAUUUCUGCAGACCGCUGAGGAUGUCCGAGCGUCUGCUGCAGGAGUUUCUCACGAUGAUUAGCAGAGAGAGAGAGAGAGAGAGAGGAGAGGGAGGACGGCACACAGCUGAGAGGAGCUUUAAAAAGUAAAACUGCAGAAUCAGGAGUCAAAGAGCUAAACUAAGGUUCACUGACACAGAAAGAGCUUUUACUUGGAGGACACUUCAAACUUUGAAAGAACUUUGUUUGUCCUCUUAGAGACUGAUCCCCCACACAUCUCUACUGUCCUUAAAUGUUUUCCUCAUGUUUCCCCUUCAGGACAGAGUGUGAGGUCUCACAGUGAAGUACAGCAUUACUCAAUGACUUAAAGAGUAAGACUUCUCCAGCCAAAGCCAAACUGUGCACAGUUUUCUUUCAUCAUGGCUCGAGGGUGAAAAUAUUAGUGCACCACAGAGAAUCAGUACAUACUGCACUGGAUACACAAUCAAAAUACUAUGAAUUGGUUUCAGUUGCAGUUUUAUAGGUUGGUUUUUGAUCAAAUUUGAUGAAUUACUGAAACUUUUCUGUUUUUAGAUUCAAAAUGUCAGUAUAAUCAUCCACCCAGAAAUUGAUGGAUGAAUUAUGUGCAUGGUUGUUUAUAGGUGCAGCAUGUCUGCUGGAUGGAAGUAUUUUUAAUGUUCACACAAGUAGGAGCAAAAACAACCAUAGUUCCCACUUAAGGUAGUUUCUCAAACACAAAGUUCCUGGUACUUAAGGAGAAGAUGGAGCUGAAAGAGGCAGUUUAAGAAGAUCAUUUAAUUACAGAAAACAUUUUUAAUUUUUUUCAGUCUUUUGACUGAAAUUUCCAUUUUUUCCUGGGUGGAAAUACGACCCGAGAAGACGGUUUGAUACCUGUAUGUAGAUACAGAUGGUUCAUAUCUCUACUUAAAGAGGAUGGCUGCUUCAAAGUCAAACUGGACAAUAGCAGAGAGUUCGUUUUUGGUAGAAACACCUCAAGAUUUUAGUGUAGGAAGGUACGCAACACAUAGCUGCUCAAAGAAACCCAUACAAAGCAGAGAUGGACGGGAGCGAAUUUAAGAUUUCUAGAAAAUUGAUUUAUAAAAAGUCUGUACCUGGACCUGAAUGAAAGAAAACUGGAAGGACUGAACCGAGGUCUUAAGUCUGAAUGGAGAAAUGUUGUCCUUGUUGAGAUGAUCUCUGUCAGGGGACACAGGCCCCAACUCUCAGCAGAUACAUGGAAAACUUUACUCAAAACGUUUUGAAUUUAAAGUUGACAAAAAAAGAAGCUCAGCUGUAAUUGGAAAAGUUCCAGAAAUAGAGAGAGAGCAUGGGAACGAGUCCAGAGUGAUUCUCAGACCUCAGGAUCGGGUCAGAGACUCUCUGACCAAUCAGGGGGCUGUGUGAAUCAUCCUCACACACUUCCUGUUUCUCUGGACUCUGGAUCAGACUACACAGGGGGAUUUCUAUAAAUGUGUGCGUGCGUGCGUGCGUGCGUGCGUGCGUGUGUGACCUCAGUAGCUGUAUUCAUUGCUCUGCAGGGACUCGGUGAGAAUCAGAACAGACAGAGAGAAGCAUUCAUCAUCUCCUCACUCAGCUGCUGGUACAGUACGGGCUGAUACUACGGGAGCCUGGAGGGACAAUAAUAAAACAAACACACAAGUAGUACUGUGAGUGUGUCUCAGUGACUUCCCUGCUACAGUAGAGGCUGUUCGAAACUAAAAGUGAUCCUGACACUGAUCUGAAGAGCAGCUGGUUCAUGAUUUUGAUGAAGGACUGAAGGAUAAAAAUAAAAACCUGCAGCGCGGCGUGUUCAGCUCAGAAAACAUCAAAGAUUCGACUGAAAAAGUUAAGUAAACGACCAACAAGGAAGAAGCAACCAGCUUAGACGGAUGACAAAGAGCAGAAAAGCACAUUUUAGAGAUGAUAUAUUUCUUUAAAUAACUUGUGCAGUGAUCUCAGAUCACAGAAUACUCCUUAACCUUUUUAGAAAAUGUUUGUUUGACCUUUCUGCACCUCUGUUUGUGCAGAAUAUGUAUAAAUAUUUUCAGUAUAUAGUCUUUUAUAGAUAUGAUUCCAUGUUGCUACUUAUCUACUGUCUGUGUUUUUUCCCUUUUUUUAAUGAAAAUGAGCACAUAAAAAGUAUUUCAAAAAGUUGAUAUUUCAUGUAUUUAAACUCAGGGUAACUUCCUCUGAUGCCUCUUCCUCCAGAAUCAAAAUUAUGUGAAUUUUGGUAAAUUGGUUUAAUGCAGGUGUGUUAGUUCAAGAUUUAAGAGGAGAACAAUUCAAAUACAAAAAACUUGGACUAAAGAGGGAAUAAAGGUAAAGUUAUCUCAGCAGGAACUUUCCUCCGACACCUUGAACCUUUGUGUUUCUGUCACAGAGACAGCUCUGAGUUUGUCUUUGGCCUUAAAAAGCUGCUGCAGAAAAAGCUCAGGAGCAUUUAAGGUGAAGGAAGUAACACCUUAAAACAGCUGCUGCUUCUCAUACUGAUGUGUUUGUUCUUGGUUGAAGUUCAACCCCGGAUAGGAACAGGAAGAACUAUUACCAAAGGAGCUGAGAUGUAAACACAGAAAACUGCACUAAAGGAACUUUUGUUGUUGCUUAAAGGGGAUUUUUUUAGACUAACAGUUCCAGUGGUUUAAGGUGAAGAUGCCAUGGAGAGAGGAGGUGAUUUAAACCUCAUAACAACAGAAUACCACUGGCAAUGGCUGCCUUUCUGGGGUCCACAAAGAACCCUUAGACUAAAAGAUCCAGAAACUUUUUGUAAAACCUGACCCAAUAGGACAGUGUUAACUGAAAGUGUUAACACUGUUUACCUCGGGUUUAAAUAUUGUUUCUCUGACUUUGAGUUUCUGGUACUUAAGGUGACAGUGUAACUGAAAAAGAGCAAUUUAAGAUUGAGAUGUAAACACAGAAAAUUAAAGGAACUUUGCAACAAAAUCUUUCGACAAUUGAAAAGUUCCAGGUUCUUUUGGUAUAAAACAAGUGGACACUAUAGGUAGAGCUGUAAACACAUAAACAGUGGGCUGAAGGAACUUUCAUUGUUCUCUGCAGGGUGGUUCCUGGUACUUUAAGUGAAGCUGAAACACAAAGAUCAUGUUUGAAAUUAAGAUUAAAACACAGAAAACUGUUGGCGAAAAGAACUUUUUAACUUUCAGAAAAUGAUGUUUCCGAAGCCAGAGGUUUCUGGUACUUUGGGUGGCAACACAACCCAAUCAGGCAAUAAAGAUGGAGGAAAACUUCGUUAUUUUGAGUGGUAGUUCUUCUGACUAAAAGUUCUUGGUACUUUUGGUGGAAACAUGUCUAAAAGGGACAAUUUUAGACGAACUUGUAAACACAGAAAACCAGAAUACUGACUUUAAAUCUGACUUUUGAUCAACAGCAUCUGUGAAAGUGUGUGUCAUCUGAAUUUAGUGAAUGAAUGAGGUGAAGUGAAGAUAUUUGGGUCACAAAUCACUCUGUCAGUCUCUUCUCUGAGUCAUGAGGAGCACAGAGAGAAACUCCCAGUGAAUCUACAUGAAGCCAAUUACAUGGCCUUGUUUCAGUGGGCAGAGAUUUUUGUGUGCGUGCUUGUGAGUGUGUGUGUAUUUGGCAGAAGGCCAGUACAGGCUGUACCAGUCUGAGAUAGUCGGUGAGGAACAGAGAAACUGAGAGAGAGGGAGGAGAGACGCCUCAGUUCAGACGUGGACGACAAAUAUUGGUUUAGUUUCAAAGAGAGACGGAGGGAGUGUUUCUGUUUGCAUGCUGGGUCACUCAGAGAGCUGUGUGUGUGUGUGUGUGUGUGUGUGUGUGUGUGUGUGUGUGUGUGUGUGUGUGUGUGUGUGUGUGUGUGUGUGUGUGUGUGUGUGUGUGUGUGUGUGUGUGACUCCAGGGCAGGCAUUAAAGCAAUUGUUUCUCUUUUGCUUUAUUCCAUUAAACUUCAGACUUUUUAUUUCUUUGGAGUUUCUAACUCUGCAGUCAGUUUGUUUGAGUUUGAGCUCAGGUUUAAAUUCACGCUGUUGUCUUUAUUUUAUUAACUUAAGUUUAAAAGUAAAUCAGAAACCUUUGAAUAUCAGUUGCUUUCAUGUUUAUCAGUUGAAUCACUUUUAUUAAGGUGUUUUUAUUCAUCUGCAGACUUUAUCACAGUUCAAACAGACAUCACUUUAGCGUCCUUGGACUUUGCCUCCAGUGUGUGUGUGUGUGUGUGUGUGUGUGUGUGUGUGUGUGUGUGUGUGUGUGCCCGGUUAGUGUAAGUGUUGUGCAGCAGAGGGUCAUUUAUGAAAAUGAAUGCUAACAGGGCAAAGUGCUGAUGCUUUAUUAUGUGCACAGCUGUGUGUGGGAUCUCUCUCUCUCUCUCUCUCUCUCUCUGUCUCUCUCUCUCGCUCUCUCUCUCUCUUAUUCUGUUUUAGCGGGUUGUUCGUUUGCAGGUCCGACUGAUAAAUAAGCGUAAUAAGUGUCUUUAGAAAGUGAAACUGUUCCUUUUAUGGCUGUACUUUGUGCUGGAAAAUAUAAUUGGGUAAAGAGAGACGGUCAGCCCUCCUCAGUUACAGAUAGUCAAACCAAGACUUAAAGGGAUAUUCCGGUGUAAAAUUAAUUUAGGUCAAACACACUGUAACACCAAGUUAGACACCCCCUCAAGAGACGAACAUUGUUGACUGCUUGCUUCUCUAGUUAUACCAACUUUAGUAACGACUGCACGACUUCCUUGAGCUGCAGAACUGCGCUGCACUCAGUGAUCGACUCGUCAGGGCUCCCCCACAAACAAGUGGCUGCUAGAGGAGAGUGGGCUAGUUGUGUUUGGCCUCUUUGCUAAAGAAAUUAGGCAAAGCUGAAAAGAUGUUUGGUGACUAGUGCUAUGGCUUGGACCCUAUAACUGUUGAUAAGGUUAGGUGCUGUUCUGAGCAUUAUUUGUGGCUAUAGAGUGGCGUUUGGUUGAGGUAAGCGGGUUCAGGCCUGAGCUCUAAGGUUCUCAUGUUUGGAUGGUGUUGCUUUCAGUUUUUUGAGUAAAGUCGUGUUAAAAUCAGGAACACCAUCUUGUUGAUGAGACACUUUCCUUACACAGUUUGAGUGGAAACUGAACAAACAGCCUCAGACUGCACAGUAAGCUGUUGUGUCUCUGCAGGUUUUUCUUCUCCUUCCUCCUCAGAGUCUCAGAUCUCUGACACGCCGUCCUCAGGGACAUCAUGUUUUUCUCAGUCUCCCUCUGAUGAUGCUGCAUUUGUCACUUCUGUUUGUUCAGCACUUUUCUUCAGUUUUUGACGUUUUUCUCUCUUCUUCUUCUUGUUCUGCAGAACGUGUUGGCGAAAGCGUUGUACGACAACGUGGCGGAGUCUCCAGACGAGCUGUCUUUCCGAAAAGGUGACAUCAUGACCGUGUUGGAGCGCGACACGCAGGGGUUGGACGGCUGGUGGCUCUGCUCCCUUCACGGUCGCCAAGGCAUUGUUCCCGGCAACCGUCUGAAGAUCCUGGUGGGCAUGUACGAAAACAAGCAGGGAGCCACGCCCUCCACGCCAGAUCCGGCUGCUUCUUGUCCUACCUCUCAGCAGCAGAGACCCCUUCCCCCUCAGAGCGCUUACUCCAAACCCUCACCUGCCCCUCCAUCUAUCGCCACUUCCUCCCCGGGGUUCGUCAAGCCCCCUCCCUCAGCUCAGUACACGUCUAUGCACCCCGCCUACUCCACACCAAGCCCCGCCCAGCCCACCCCUGACUCUAUCUACAUGAUGCCCCCCUCCCAUGGCCCUAAACUGAGCCCUCAGAGUCUGUACCAGAUCCCCUCUGGGCCCAGUGGACCCCCUCCAAAGGCCAAGCUUGGACUCCCCAGCAAGGCCCCAGCUCUGACGCAGAGACAGUACACACUGCCUGGGCAGGACAUCUACCAAGUGCCCCCCUCUGCAGGACCAGGACCGGGGCAGGCCCCUGCAGGGGGGACAGGAGCUGGACAGGAUGUGUACCAGGUGCCCCCCUCUUGGGACAGCAGCAGCAAGCCACUUGGCAAGGUAAGGAAGGAAGGAACUAGAGAAUAAUUCUGCAGAAUCUUUGCUGCUUGGAUGAAAGUUUUUAGUUUAAAUGGGCGAAAAUGAAGGGAAGGAAGAAAUGCAGGGAACAAGGAAGAGGGUCUUCUGCAUGUGUACCAGAUAACAGUGGAUGUUGUUCUAUUAAUCUGGACUGGAGUUGUGGAUGUUUGUAUAGCUGUUGGUAUAAGUGGGAUAAGGCACUUGCUGCAGUCCCUCCUGCUCUUAUUGUGGUUAUUUUCUUGUAAUUAUUUUAUUGAAUGAAUCUCUUUGUGUUUUGUGACUGGGUUUGAAGAAAUUUGACUUCAGAAGUAUAUAUAUAUGUCUGCACAUGAAGCAGAGGGGGUGUGCUCUCCCUGUUUCAGGCGUUUGCAGUCCUCAUACCCUUGUGGAGGGGCCAGGGAGCUCUCAGAAAAGAGCUGACAGGCCUUUGCUGCUGCUCUCUCCGCCUGGGUGUAUAAUUUUUAUGCUCUGACAUAGCUGAUCCAGAGUGAACACAGCUCCCUGUUCUUUUUUUGAUAGUAUAUUUGGCUGAAAUUCAUGUAGCUUGAGAUGUGCAGCUCACCCCAGCAGUCUAAAUGAUGCAUGUUAACAUACAUCAGAGGCUGUCAUGACACGACAAAGGGGUGCAGUCUGCAGAGGAAGACAGCUUGGUGAAAAUACACUUUUGCUUCAUUUUCGACAGAGGAAAUGCAAAAAAUGCAUACUGUACUGACCCAUGUAAUGCAUCGUAACAAAGAAAUAUCAUGCAGGUGCUUGAAUAAGCAGCUAAAACCUGAGUAAGUCUUUAAAAAAAGAGAGAAUUCAGGAAACAGACUCAUGGGUGAAAUACAUAGAUAGUUUUUCAUGCACACACACGCGUCAGAUUGUCAGUUUAAUCAGAGCUGCUGAGGGAGAUAAGAAGAGCAAAGAUAGACAUUCAGGCUUGUAAAUGUAGGAAAACUUACAAGUAAAUUGUCCUGAAGAUAAAGUCCCAGCGCGGCUCUUUUACCUUAAUGAAUUGAAGUCUUCACGCUCCACAUCACAGUGCUGCGCUGCACCGAAACAACCUGCUGAACAGACGAGACAGAAAACAGCGAGAUGAAUACUAAAGAGCCGGGAGACCGAGAAGAGAGAUGGCAGCAGGACAGAGAGGGAUAUACAGUAUGCUGUGUGAGAGUGUGUUUGCGAAUGUGUGUUUGUGUGUGUGUGUGUUUGUGAGUGUGUGUGGACGCAGACCAGUGAAAUAAUCAGAUAGUUAAUAAUUCAGCCGUGAUCUGGUGGUUGGUAGAGUAAGCUCUUUGCUGCAGCAGCAGGUGACGGCUGGGUGUCCUCACAGGAGGAGGACCCUCCAGGCUGGAUGCACUGAGCCGUGUGUGUGUGUGUGUGUGUGUGUAUGUGUGUGAGUGCAUGUGGGUGUGCAUCUCUGAUGUUGUGCAUGCUGGGUCCAGCUGCUCCCUCACACGUUAGCUCAUCUGUGUUUCUCUGUCUGUCUGAAUGCUUCAUAAUAAAUUCAUCUGCAGGAUCUGAAACGUGAAGGGCUAAUGAAACGCUUCAUCACAGAGGCAUCAUGGGACUCUGAAGGUGUGUGUGUGUGUGUGUGUGUGUGUGUGUGUGUUUGUUUCAAAUAUAUCUGUGUGCAUCAAGCUUUACCUGCAGGCUGGCAGUAAAGUUUUUUCAGAGCUGUUAUUUUAGUGAAGGAUUGUUCUUGCAGACUUUGAAUCAGAAACUGCUCUCUUUAAAGACUCUGUAAUGUGGAGGCUGCAGGUUUGAGGCUUUGUUUGUUUGUUUUUUAAUCUGUUUUUUCAUGUGCAGAAGUCACACAAUAAUCGAUUAGCUUGGUCAGACCAGCAGCUUUUUUUUACCACCUAAUAUUUCUAUACUGAAAAGGACAUGUCAAAUGUAUUUAUAUAUUUGUUCUCAGAGGUUUAAAGCCACGUGAAAUUUUAUAUGAGGAGGUUUUUCCUGUUUUUGAAAUAGGCUGAAAUUCUUUUUUUUUUUAUUUACAAAAACAAACAAGACCAUCAGCUCCAAGAUUGACAACUUUUAUUUUGUAGUUUUUAAUGUCUGAAAUCAGUACAACCCAGUUUUAACAAUUUCCACAUAAAAUAUUCAGUAAAUGAUUCGUUUGACUGUCAAAAGUCAUUUGUCAAAGGUCAAUUUGAAGCAUGAAGAGGAUUUUAUAUUUAAGACUUGUUGGGAUUUGAAGAGUUUGGUUUUAACAUGAGAAGAAAAUCAGGUAAUCUUGCUAGGAUGAAGUUGAUAUUAUAUGAUAAAGAAGUCAUUAUCACAAUGUAAAGUUGAUCCAACAUGAGGAGCAUCUAAACAAAAAUGAGGACUGAGGAUCAUCUAUAUUAACUUAUUUAUCAAACCAAAAGUAGACCCGGAGAGUUCUUUGAAAGAAAACCAUGAAAAAGAUUAAUUUAUGGAUGGACUUGCUCUGUGCACAGAGACACAAACUGAUGCAAGAAACCCAAACUCUGACCAUGGAUCGAGAAAUCACACCGAGUAGUUUCUGACACAACAACAGAUAAAUAAAGUCAAGAUCAUUUCUUUGAAUCAAAGAAAUAAACAGACAGAGAUGCUGAUGUGACAGCCUAAUAUUUUUGAUUUGCUGUGAAGGGUCAACAGAAUUGAUGGAGAGACUUCUUCAGAGGGAGAAACUGUCUCUCUGCUCCCAUGAGAGGAAAAUUUUUCCAUUAUCAUAAAUUUGACUCUAUAUUAACAAGGAAUUUGAAAAAAUUGAUGCUUGGUAAAUGAGACGAUACAAUAUAUCACGAGACAAAAUAUCACGAUACUAUGCAAAAUCGAUUUUUUUCUCCCACCUCUACUCUGCGUGGUGUCAAAUUUAUCUGAAAUUGACUUCAUCAUUGAUGUUUGUCCACCUUGUGGGUGCAAACAAAUGUGUGUGUCUGAUGCUGUGUGUGUUUUGCUGGUGCACUUUCUUAUUAGCGGUGCUCUCAUGCUCAGUAACCUCCUUCACACACACACACACACACACCCAGGGUUUACUGCUGCCACUUCGUCAUUUAGAUAAGGAGUUCCUGCUGAGAGAGACUCCACACACUCCCCCUCUGUCUCUCUCUCUCAAACACACACUAACACACCUUUACACACCCUUUUACACACUGGGCUGUGCAGUAAUUGCAGAGUGAUGAAACAUGCCGUGUUUGUUUCGACAUGGAUGAAGAGGGUGGAGCCACCAGCAUGUCUUUCAACACUUUUCCCGUAAAAAUCAGAAACACUCAAGUUUCUCCAGCCUGCAGAGAUCAGCAGUAGACCAUUAAAACUCUGAUACAUGAUGAUUUAAACUUGUGGAACAUGAGAAAAUAUCAAUAGAUUCUGCAAAAAAACACCAAACACCACAGCUCUUCAUGGUUUCUUCAUGUUAUCUUCUCUUUCUUGAAAGUUCUUCCUACUUUCGGCAGAUUCAAAGAGAUUUUUAUCAGUGUGUACAGAGUGAGAAUACGACAGUCUCUGAGAAAAAUCAGGAACAAGCGGAAAUUUAAGAGGAACUCAUAAAGGACUGGGAACUCUUUGAAGAUGUCAGAUCUUUAGCUCAGACAGAUAACACAAAGCAGUGAUGCAGAAUCAUUGGCAGUGGCUCAGUUAUCAUCUCAAAGGUCAGUCUUGGCAGUAUCUCUAAUUUUCAUGAUCAGGGGUUUAUAAAUUGGUGCAUAACUUACACAAACUAUGACCUGAUGUUAUCUGGUAACUAAUGUAGCUUACCUGCAGCCAGCAGGAUCCAAAGCUACUAUUUUCACAUAAUCAAAUAUCAAAACAAUUUAUUUUAAGAUUUGUUUGGUGUGAUAGGUUUCAUCAUCUACUAGUUUUGAUUACCAAUGCAGCAUCGAUGUCUGUGGAUCUCUCAACAGGAAAAAACAGAGCAGGCUUUUACUUUGAAAAGCAUUCAGGAAGUACAGUCAUAGUAUUUUUCAUGCUGGUCACAUAUACAUACAUUAAACUAAGUGAAUACAACCCUCAGUUGGAUCAUUUUCCUGUCAGCAGAAAUCUGCAGGUCUUGCUGAAUAAAGAAAUCAGGUGUAAUGUGCUGCUCACGUCAGUGGUCUGUGAGGUUUAAUUUGUUGACAUACACACCAAAAAAUUGGCUGAUCCAGGCCGCCAUGCAGCUAACACACUUCCUGCUUGAAGCGCCAGAAUACGGUACAGUCUGCUGUGGAUACACAAGCAAGAUCAGGGUUUACCGUAUCAAACUGUGGCUGGAAAUGUGCUGAAAUGCAGGGAAUGGAUAAAGAAAUAAUCAUAAAGAUAAAAAAUGUUAAACACUCAAAUUCUACCCAUGCCUCCUCCAGGAUUUUUAGUAAUUCAAGCAGAUCAUCCUCAUCAAGCUGUCACAGGAACAAAGAUGGAUUUUGAUGUUUCUAUUUGGGCCUUUUCUCAUCUAAAGAAGUCCAAAGGAAAGCUUACUGUUGUUUUCCAAAGCUCUGUGUGUGUGUGUGUGUGUGUGUGUGUGUGUGUGUGUGUGUGUGUGUGUGUGUGUGUGUGUGUGUGUGUGUGUGUGUGUGUGUGUGUGUGUGUGUGUGUGUGUGUCACAGUGUCGUGCAGUAUUGUCAGCUGACACAGCUGUCAUCAAAGGCAUCAAUGUGUUAGUGAGUGUGUCAGCAGCCACGUGCAGCACCAGCUCUCAGGUCUUAACACUCACACACACUAAUGCACAGAGAGACAGCUGAAGACAAAGUGUGUGUGUGUGUGUGUGUGUGUGUGUGUGUGUGUGUGUGUCUGUGUGUGUGUUUUUAUCACCAUUUCUGUUCAAGCGUCUUCAAAUCUGCAGCUUUGAGUGAGUGUAUGAUUUAAAGCUGAGACCUCAUGAUCGGUGAGAAAAAGAGUAAAGUCCUGCAGAUGAACGCUCUCAACAGAGUCUCUGAUAAAUUUUUGAAGAGAGCAGGUUUGAAGAGUGACAGUAGGACCCUGUUUGGUUUGUUGUGACUACAUAAAGAACCAGAGAUGCAGAAACUUUCCAUUCUGCAGAUCAUACUGGGAGUAAAUGGUGGAGAUAUCCCCUAAAAUGUCCACAGCAUAGCGGAUUAGACUCACACACCCUGCUCUGAGAUGAUGAACUGUAUCAGUGGAUUUUCUGUGGCGAAUGCUGAGGAUCCGUUCAACAGCACCGCACGCUGAGAGAUUAAAAAGAGACUAAUGAAGUCAAUACAGCUGUCUGGCACUCUCCCACACAUAUCUGGCAAUGACUACACACACACAACCACACACACACACACACACACACACACACACACACACACACACACACACACACACACACACUCAGGCCUGGAGUAGAAAAGUGCAUCUUUUGUUACUAAUGCAGUUUAUCUCUUUGCAGCAUUUUUAGGUUUUGAGGCUCUCUGUUACUCUGAUUUAUGGUGAAUUUCUGCAAGUGUUGAUGCUCUUUCUGAGUCUGCAGCAGAAUAUUUUGCAUGUUUAGCAUAAACAAAAAUAUUACACAGAUUUGGUGUCAUGGUCAGCUGAAAAUGCAAAAAGUCCUCUUGAAAUCGCCACUCUUUACAUCACUGUAAACUGGCGAAUACAGACCUGAGACAGGGUGGCGUUACAUCUGCACAUAGAUGUUCAUCCUCUUGGUUGUUCAUACUCUCUGCUUUGUUGAGAAACAUUUUUAUGUACAGGUGUACUGGUCUGGCACACAUAUUCAAGCAUCUCCUGUCCUUAUUAUGGAUUCAUAUUCACAUCAUUUUCACAGCGUUUCCAUGAACUCUGAUUUUUUUGAGACCUUUCCUUUUUUUCAUGGGGCUGUUCUUGUCUAAACAAGCUCAAAGCGUGUCUGCACCUCUGAUAGUUUUAACAUGACAGUAAAGAGGUGAGAUGAUGGGAGAGAACAAAUCUGCACAGUUGCAGAGUAAAAUAUGAAAAGGGCUCGAGCCUCCAUGUCCCAGGGUGCAUUGCUGCAGCAUUGGCCAUCCUGCACUGCAUUCAGACAAAACCUUCUCUGUUCUCAGAUUUUAUUUUGCAGAUUUAGUAGUUUUGUAGCUGUUUUUUGUAGAGGUGAGAUAAAGACCAGGAGCUGAUAUGAUCCUCCAGGACACCGGCACCUGAACAGCCUUGCUAUCUUCUUUUGUACCGAAGUAUAUUCACAGGAUCAAUAAAACUGGGGAUCUAUCCGGUCCCACAUGAACCUCUUUGAUAUCUGAUGAGCCUGCAAACCACCUCCCCUCUGAAAUGUUUUGGUUUGUUAUCUACCUGAGUUCAAUAAUUGACCUUUUCCAGUGGAUUUCAGAGAGACCGUACAGCAGUCUGCUCACUGAAAUCUUCCCUUUUCUGGAUUUCAGAGAUAUCACCUGUUUUUUAUAACUCUGUGGUCACCUUUCACUUCCUCUGUCAGUACAAAAAAACACAAAGGACUUAUUUGUCGCAGUAGACAAAAUUCAUUGUCAGCACUGACUGUUCAUUAAUCAUCUUUAUUUUUAUCUCUGUGAUGUGAAGAUCUGAAUCCAUCUUUUUGUUUCACUCAUACAUAAGCUGUUUCUUUUAAAGUAUUUCUUCGGGGGCGAUUUUUGCCUUUUUUGAUAGGAUAGAUUGAAAUUUGGGGAGAUUGAGAGAUGCAGCACAUGGUCAGGGUCGGACUCGAACCUGCGACCACUGCGGUGACCGUGGUCCUCAUACAUGGGGUGCGCUAACCUGCUCGGCCAUUCUGAAUCCAUCUUUUAUGUUUAAUUUAUAUAGACAUGCCAGAAAUACUUGCCUUCAGAACCUGGUUUUGUGAAUGAUUUUGGACUUUCUGAGUGUGCAUUUGGACAUUUGUUUUUUCUUGCUUGUCCCUUUCGUCUCCUACAUGUGACUGUCAAAUGCCUCGUGUAUUCAAACAGGACUUUAUCAUCUUUUUUCUGACAUUUUCUGGAUCAUUUCAGGACCUAGAGAUCUGUAUAUUUCCAGGUAUGUUUGGUCUACAAAUUCGUUUUUUUUCUGUCAGACAGGCUAUUUAAACUAAAUUUCUACUUUGAUAUUUCUCUAUGAAUUAUGUUGUUUCAGAGUGUGUAUGUACGUGCGAAGCCUGUGUGAAAGUGGUUUUAUGAUUCAGUUUUUGGCAGUGCAGAUUUCUCCAAUGCAGAGGAGGUUUAAAAUGACAGUCUGCUGCAGGAUGCUCUUUCUUUGUCACAAACAGCGAGGGGAGCGUCUCUGUCAGUUCAGUGAAAAAGAGCUGCCUCCCUGCCAUCAUGACAAAAUGCUCCAAACAAUGCAUCAGGGUCACAGACACACAAUGCAGCACAAUGUGUACUGUGAGACGCUGAUAUGAGCUCUAAUUGUUGCUUCAUCAACAUGCACAACAUGAUGACACCCUUAUAAUGAAUACUGUCGUCUCUUAGCACCCUGGAGGUGAUUCAGUCUAUCUGCACCGUGCCAAAACAGCCAGACAGCCAGUCUGAGCAUGCACACAUGAUCUGAGCACUCACACACACACACACACACACACACACACACACAGUUGUGCCAUGUGGUGUUGGAAUCCAGUUCAGUGGGGGGUAGAGUGUGUUGGUGCUCUCCUGGAGACAUGCACCCCCACUGCACUAAUCUGUUAAGCCCCCCACACUGCCUCUUGGUGCCUCUGUGUGUGUGUGUGUGUGUGUGUGUGUGUGUGUGUGUGUGUGUGUGUGUGUGUGUGUGUGUGUGUGUGUGUGUGUGUGUGUGUGUGUGUGUGUGUGUUGCCACAUGCCCCACAUAGCUGGCAUGGCACUCACAGCCUGUGUGUCUAACUCUCUGUCGUUCAUUGUUUCUCCUUUGGCUGUUGUUGGUUUUACUUCUUUGUCUCUGUGGUGACUCUAAAACUCUCUGCAGUCUUUGUUUUGGUGGAAAUAUUUUAAUUAAAGUUCAAGCGUGUAAGCCUCUCCUUAAAACUGUGAUCAAACGUAUUUCAUUUACUCGAAAUAUCUUCUUUGAGAUCUUUCUCGAGUUGUUUCUAAAACAUAGACAUCGCUGUUUUGGUUUCUAUCGCUAAGGUGAUUCAGUUUGUAUUCUGACCCCUAUUCUUUGAAAGUCACUCCUCAACUUUACUCGACAUUUUCUGUAAACUCACAUGUAAAUUGUCUGCAAGAAGUGGAGUUGAGCUGAUAUGAAAGUGCUGCACCUCAGGUAAUUUCACAGCAGAGGAGAAAUGUGGUGAUGGCAUUUGCAGUAAACAGUUUAUCCAGCUAACCUAACCUGGCGUUGAUCAUUGUUCCUGUUUCCAGUAGGCAUUAGCAGGAGCUGCAUGGAAAGUGGUCGGAUCAGAGCAAUGCCGCAUCUGAUGCAGCACAGAGUAGCAGGAAAUGUAAACAGACAGCAGCAUGCAUUUAAGAUUAAAUCAACCAGUGCAUUUAAUAAGGCUGCAGUCAAUGGGUUUAACAGACCCCCCUGUGGUGGAAGCUGUCAUCUUGGUUGUAUAGGAAAAGGCUAAAGCAGCACUCCUAUAUUGUCAUUUGAUAGAGCCUGCCUUACUCUAAUUACAGAGCUAUGAUUGGUCCAGUGUGUUUUAAGCCAAUGACAUUUAUCGAUAACCAUAAAUGGACGAUAACUACUCCACAAGCUGCUCACCCCCUCCCACAUUAACUUCGUCUACUUCAGCCGCCGCUCCAGACGCUACAACUUUUGAACCGUCCUCCAUCUCCUCACCUGUCUUUCCAUCUUUGUUACGGCCUGGAUGGGGUAAGGUCAGUGUCUUAAAGGGACAUGAAACCAUAGCCUACCUACACACAUCCAAAAACAACUUUUAUUUAUCUAUUUAUUUUUGACACCGAAUAUAUUGACACAGGCAAAAUGACGUCGGUUAUUGUCGUAAAUUUCGGUAUCGGUACAUAUUCGGUUUAUCACCUAGCCCUAAUCUGAUCAGAAACUUCCGAAGUGAUGAUGGUCACGUCAAUCAAGAGGAGAAAUUUAACUAAAAUAUUAACUGGUCAUCUGUCUGUGGAGAGUCUCAGUUUCUCUGUAAACAGUCUCUCAAAGGCUUCACUCUGGCUUCUUUCAAUAGUAUGUACCUGAAACAGAAACUAAUGUCCUUGUAUUAUUCUCCUCAUUAACAGGUCUUUAGUUUUCUGAAAUAACAACAUCAUGAUGCGGAUUAGUCAAAAGUUCAAAGUCCACUUUUGUCGGGUCUGUUCUUAAGAGGAGAAGGAAAGAGGUGAGAUCCACCGUUUCUGAUGCAUUCAGGGAAGUCAGGAAAUCUAAACUUUGACUGUCUUUCGUGACUCAGUAAAAAAACCCGAUUAGCCAUUCAGAUGGUGAAUGUCUCGUCUCGUCACGUCUCAUCCUUAAAUCCGUGCCCUCAGAUUUAUUCAACAGAUCCUAUAAAAAAGAAUUCAAUUGUUAAUGAGCAGGCCUUAUUUCAGACUCUCUGCCCUGAGCUCUGGAUCUGUAGAAACCAGCAGGAUGAGAGUCUCCACGUCCACCACCCUCCUGCUGUAAUUAUGCCUCUCUCUAUUUUUACCUCCUCUACUCUUGCACUCCACAUCUGUGCUGUAAGGAUGUACUUUGCUCUGUCAGUUACUCACUCUCUGAUGCAGCUGCAUGUAUAGAAGUCUAUUUUUUCCUCUAUGUGUGGUCAGUGUGGUCCUUUUGAAGCUCAGAGUUCAAGCUUGGUUUGGAAAUGUUCUGCAUUUACUAUCAGAUACUACUCUGUGUCUGAGCCGAACCCACCUCCGUUCGCUCCUGUCCGGUGCUGGUCUUCAAGUCUGAGGCAGAGGCAAACAGAGGGAGAGCGGAGGAGCUGCUGGGAGAGGCAUAGCUCAGGGGCAGAGGUCGCCUGUUAAACAAUGACUCAUCCUGACGUCAUUUCACACACGAAACAAAAGAACAUGAAGCCAGAGCCACACACCGCCCUCUGUGUCAUAGUGUGGGUUUGAGUGUGGAGGAAUCUUCCCUCUCUGAGUCCUCAUAAAUAACUGUGUGUGGAGGCAUUUUAUUGUUGGUGGGUCAGAGUCACUGCCGCUUUUACGAGGCCACUGAUUUAUUCUGAGAACACGACACACAGAGAUUUCUCUCUGCAGGAUAUGUAGGUCAGUAAAUCUGAAAGUAAACUGGUCCUCAGGCCAGAGUUUGUGUGAGGAGACAGAGGAAAGGAGGCUGUAGUUUGCAGGCAGAGCUGCUCUGUUUGUGGGUCUCUCACAGCUGAAGGGGUUCACAUUUACAUGCCCAGUUUUAAAGUGUUUUUAGAGACAAAGUAUAAUGUCUAAAGGAGAAGAGCGACCUACAACCAGUAACUCAAAACUAAGCAGUACAAACCAACGAAUGCAGGAAGAACAUAAAAGGGUGCAUCGGGUAGGAUGGUUCCUCACUGUGAGAAACAACCCGGAAGUGUUUGAGUGUGGACCAGAUAAGAGCUGUUUUACUUCUCCUAAUGAUAAAUGAAAAAGGAAAGGAGCUUCGAUGCUUUCUAUGUUAUCUCCUUUAGAAAACACAGAAGCAGCCUUUUUUAUCUCCUAAAGGAAACACUGAACCAUCCUUUAUUAUCUCCCCAAGGAAAGACUAGACCGACCUUUACAAAAAAAGAGAAAGUGAUCUGUACACACACACACACACACACACACACACACACACACACACACACACACACACACACACACACACACACACACACACAAUAUAAUUAUUUCAAAGUCUUCCUUAUAUAUCUAUAUAUAUAUAUAUAUAUAUAUAUAGAUAGAUAUAUAUAUAUAUAUAUAUGUAUAUAUACAUAUAUAUAUAUAUAUAUAUAUGUAUACACCCUUUGUCCCUACCCUUGUUCUGGGGGUAACAUCAAAUUUGAUUACAGGGAAGAAAAUAAUAAUAAUUAUGAAUAAAUGCUAAUUAUUAUUAUGUGUCUGACAGUCAAGCACCAAAACACCAAAACAAUUAACCUGAUUCUAAGUAUGUGUCACCACAUGUAUACCUCAAAAUAAGGGAUUAAAAUCCACUCAUGAAAUAUCAAACUCAUGUGAGUUUAUAUUUCUCACCCAGUUUUCACUAUUUCUUUGGCUGCAUGAAACAACACGCUAAAGACACACUGUCAUUCCUGUAGUCCAUGUUUGCUGGAUUGUAGUUUUAUACAGCAGAGUCAGGUGACGUCAGUAUCGUUUGUGUAAAGUGUGCACCUACAC